AACUACGAUCCCCUGGUAGGGCCCUGACGUCACACGCCAAAUGUUCGAGCGUGUUUCCACAGAGAGGCGAAAACGGCUAGGCUUUUUUUUUUCUCUACACGUCGGUGUUCGUAUGGUAAAGCUUCUAGCCUAGGCCACAGUGUUAUUCUGUGUUCUGCGUCUUGAAGUUCAAGCGGUUUUGUGAAGCAUGGAGUUUUAACUUAUGGAAACCAUGUAGUUUUGUCGGAGACAUGGUACGGGAAACUAGAUAUUUGAUUGUGCGAAAUUUGCCAGAAAAUUGCACAGAGGAGACUGUUAUUGACCAUUUUCAACGGUGAGUACCAGAUGGUGUAUUAAAAAAAAUUAUAUGUAUUAAUAAUAAUUAUGACUUAUGACGUGUAGUGUGUUAAGUGUGUAGUCACAGACCCUAUAACCUACAACUAUAAUUAUUUAUAUAUUGUUUAGGUUGCGUGAAUCAUGGUUUAAAAAAAAGCACAUUCAUAUAUGGCUACCGCAUAUAUAUCAUAUAUUUAUGUCAUGACCAAGAGCGAGUGUAGGCUUACUUAAAUUUACAAUCGUACAAUGUAAAUGUAAGUUACAGUUACAUUUACAUGCCUAUCAAAAAUGCCUAAUAAUUUACUAACUUUUAAAGUGAUUACAAUGCCUACUCACUCUUAUAACGUGACAAGCAAAAGCUUCCCCCUGGGCAAAGCCUGAAUUUAGGUGCUAUAUCCCCCCCCCUAUAUAUUAAAUAUAAUUAUUUUUGAGGAAAAUGACGUUUUUGGCAGCCUCUGACUCUGAAGGUUGAGCCAGGGCGGGAGCCCCUUCGCACGGUACUGAUUAUAAUUUUAAUUCUUUUUGUAAAUUACAUAAAAAUAACAAUAUAACAUACCAAUCCUAGAAGUUAGAGGACCUACUCUGAUAAGUCUACAACUACAAUCCACCAUCCUUGUUUGAUCCUUUCCCUAGUCCUAAUUAUGUUUAUUUAUAUGUAUUUUUAUAUGUGAAAUAUGUUAUAUGUGUCUAUAGUCAUAGUCUAAAGGCGUAGGCUAUAUUAAAUUGAGCUAAGCACCUGCUAUGUGCUAAUAUGUCAUCAUUACUAGACAAUAGGUGAUAUUAAUAAUACAUUAUACUAUUUUUAUGCAUUGUUAACUUAGGCACACAUAAGAUGCUAUCAGUCAGAAUGAAUAUGCGUUGUGGGAGUAGUGUUGAACAUGACAUAGUAUAAGUAAAAUCACAAAAACAAAACAAUGGCAAUGGGCCUACCUGCAGUAAAAUGUUUAUACUUUAAAGCCAUAACCUCAUCCCAGACGUUUUCUGCUCAAAUUUCUCUUUAACCAGUAAAUUAAAGAACGAUUUCUUAUUAACAUGGAUGUUAGCUGAGAUUAAUCACAUGGUAAAUUUUGUUUUUAGUUGGUUAAAAUUUUUUUUGAAAGACUAAGACUAAGGGUCUCUGUUUUUUCAGCAUGGAUGAAUUUGGUGUAGUUCUUUUCAAGACCUAAUUUAAAUGUUAAGAAAUUAAAAAAAUGAUCCCAUACCAUAGCUCUAGUAGGCCUACUCCUCUGGUAUAUUAUUUAUCUACAAACCACCUUCCCAGUUUGAUCUUUUCUCUAAAAAUGUUUAUCUUAGUGUUUUUUUUCUGCUUUAAUUUAAUACUAAAUACCUAAGGCACUGUGCUCAAAUUAUUUUGGAUGUUAUCAUGUGUAAAAGUUUUAGCUAUGUAGGACUAACCUGUUGAGCCAAUGAUGGUUAGGGUGUACAGAAAAAAAAGGGUAAAUUGGUAAAUGAUUCAAUAUCAAUGAUGAUUGCUUUGCCCACUCAUCUGAAUUGAUGAAUAUUAGCACUCUCCUGUUAUAUAAAUAAAAAUCAUAAUAUACCCUGUACCUUUUUUUUACCCUUUCCUUAUGUUUAUAUUUUAUUUAAUUUUAAAGAGCUACAUCUCAGUAUAUAUUAUAAAUAUAAAUUCUUAAAGUAACUAAUUAAAUAGUUAUGUAUAUCGUGUGUACAUUCCAUGUUUGGCUAUGAGUUUUUAAAUAAAUGUGAGUCUUUUUCUGCUCUACUUUUAAAGUACUGCAUUCAAAUUAAUUUGGUUGUAAUCAUUUUAUGGAAAAGGUUUAUCUUUAAAUUUAUGUUAGAAAUUAUUAUCUCUUUAGCAUUGAGGGUUAGGUUGUAGUUCCUUUAAUACCUUAAAAAAUAAAUGAUGAUCACAUUGCUCCCUCUUCUGAAUUGAUGAAGACUAGCACAUGUCUGAUAUAUUUAGCCAUGACCACUUACCAUUUUUAAAAUCCUUUUCCUAAUUUUUAACUUUAAUAAUGAUUUUUAUCUUUAAAUUAAAUAGUUCCAUUUUGAUUUAUAAGUUCUUUAACUACUACUAGCUUUAGACUAGUAAUUUUUUUUGUCAUGUCUUAAGAUGAAAAAUUGUACUACUGGUAAAAAUUUUAAAUAAAUAUAUAUCAAUCUUUAACCGUUAUUCUUUAGUACUUUAACUAAUGGGACUGCGUAGAUAUUAAUUUAGAUCUAGUUGUAGUAUGUGAAUUUUUUACAGUUUUGUCCUUUAAUUGUAUUGCGGGUCUUAUAUGUUCAGUGUUGAUGGUUAGGUCUUUAAAAAAAAAAUCUCAUUUGUAAUUCUUUAUAAAAUCUACACAAAUGCAAGUUGUAUGAUGAUCACAUUGCUCCCUCUUCUGAAUUGAUGAAGACUAGCACAUGUCUGAUAUAUAACAUAUAUAACAGUCUCCCUUUUAAAUCUUAUUCCUAACAUAUAUAAUUAUAUAACUUUCAUUUAAAGAGUUACAAUUCAAUAUAUGUCAGUUCUUUAAGCAGCACUACCUUAGAGUCUAAUAAAUUCAAUAUGUAUCAGUUCUUUAAGCAGCACCACCUUAGAGUCUAAUAAAUUAGAGUCAUGUGGUAAAGACAAAAAGUGUAGUGUAUAUAAUUUAGUUUUUCCUGUUUACAUUGGGGUUACUUUCACUUAAGGGACUGCGCAGAUAUUAAUUUAGAUCUAGUUUUAGUACGUGAAUUUUUUACAGUUUUGUCCUUUAAUUGUAUUGCGGGUCUUAUAUGUUCAGUGUUGAUGGUUAGGUCUUUAAAAAAAAAAUCUCAUUUGUAAUUCUUUAUAAAAUCUACACAAAUGCAAGUUAUAUGAUGAUCACAUUGCUCCCUCUUCUGAAUUGAUGAAGACUAGCACAUGUCUGAUAUAUUACAUAUAAAACAGCCUCCCUUUUAAAUCUUAUCCAUAACAUGUAUAUCUUUCAUUUAAAGAGUUACAAUUCAAUAUAUAUCAGUUCUUUAAGCAGCACUACCUUAGAGUCUAAUAAAUUAGAGUCAUGUGGUAAAGACAAAAAGUGUAGUGUAUAUAAUUCAGUUUUUCCUGUUUACAUUGGGGUUACUUUUACGCUUAUGGGAUUAAUAUUAAUUUAGAUGUUUUAUAUUAUGGGAAAUGGCAAAGUUUUAUCUUAUCAUUGUAUUGCAAGUAUUAUUAUCUGUUUAGCAUUGUAAGGGCAUUUAAAAAUAUCAUCCUUUAAUUCUUAAGACCUAAAAAAAUCUAAAUUAAAUGAUGAUCCCAUUAUCCCAUUGCUCCCUCUUCUGAAUUGAUGAAGAUUAGCAAAUGUCUGAUAUAUAUUACAGAUCUGUUUACUCUUAUUAUUUUGGCGUACAAUGUAAGAUUUUGGAUGUAAACAUUAUAUAUACUGUAUGUUUAUUGUUUUACUAUAAAAAUAAUGUAUGUAACGAUUUUGUGAUGAUGUUGUACAAUUUUAAGAGUAAACAGUUCUGAGAUUACUAUAUUAUUAUUAUUAUGUAGCACUAGCUAUUGAAUUAAGUAAGUUUAUGUAAUGGUCUUGUUCUGUUCAUAUUAAUUUGGAGGUAAUGUAUAAAUAUUAUGGGAAAUAUCAAAAUUUUAUUUUGAAAUUUAUAUGGUCAGACUAAAAAAGUCAUAUAUGAUGAUUUUAUUGCUCCCUCUUCUGAAAUGAUGAAGACUAACACACGUCUGAUAGAGUUACAUACAAAACCGCCCUCCCCUUUUCUAAUCUGAUCUCUAAUCAUGUUUAUAUUUCCAUUAAUUAGCUCCAUUUCAAUGUAUAAAGUCUUCAAAACCACACGAAGCUAGUUAAGUCAGGUCCUCAAGAAGAAUAAGUCUUAUUAUAUUACAAACAGUUCUAUUUUUGUGUGUCUGGCUAUGCAAAUGUUUUAAUUUGUAUAUAAUUGUCCUAUACCGUUCUACUCAUUUGGACUGCAUUCAUAUUAAUUUGAAUGUAAUUUAAUUAUGAGAAACAUCCGUUUUAUUUUAAGAUUGUGUGGCAAGACCCAUUUUAACAUUGACAGUCAUGGCAUUAAAAAAAUCAUCUAUUGUCACUAUUGUAGUUCUUUUAAGACCUAACAUAAAGUUAAAUGAUGAUCACAUUGCUCCCUCUUCUGAAUUGAUGAAGACUGGCAUGUGUCUGAUAUUUUAUUAUUUAAACCACUCUCAAUCAUCUAAAUCCUAUUCUUGCAUUUCAUUAUAAAGUUCUUUAAACACAUAUUUGCUAUAAGACCAAUGUUUACCAAAGUGUGGUGUACAACCCACACGUAGGAAAUCUGAAAAUGAUAGAAGACAUUUUAGGGGGGGGGGGCUAAAAAAAGAGCUACAUAUUCUUUUUAACAGCACAUUAGCUAUAGUCCGUAGUAAAUGUAUCUCAUGUUCUAAAGAGUAAACGCUCCUUUCUAUUACUUAAGAUCUAACGUAUUUGAGUUGAGUAUUAGUUAAAGAUUUAGCUUUACCUAGCACUUACAAUUAAAUAUAGUAUGGUCUGCAGAUUCAUUGGUUUAUUAUAAUAUGAACAGCGUUUUUUUUUUUUUAUAGUAAAAAUAGUGCAUUGUUUAUAUAUAGGUUACUGCCGACUGACACGGUGUGUUUCGUGUCGAGAUUGUGUGUGUAGCUUUUCCAUCAGGCUGCUCUGCUUUGUUAGGAAUUUUCCAUGCUUCCUGCUAAUUUUUUAACGAUUCAAUGAUUAGUCACGGUUGAAAAGCUUCUGUUUCUCAUGACACCCCACUGAAAGCGUGCUUUGUAUUGAGACUUUGACACGUGAAAAAUAAUUGACACAUGCAACUAAUUGAAACCCUCCAUAAAAUGCCUUCAUUGUGUUCUCAUACCUCUCUUUAUAAGACAUUAAAAGAUAGCAAUCACUUGAUGUCUUCCGAUAUCCUCAAUUAAGCAUAGCCCUUCAUGUGUUUGCUGUUUUGAUAAUAACUGCUUCCUUUUAGAAUUUUGUGUGUGUGAAGAAUGCAGUUUUGUCGCAAACAAGAGGUUAAAUCCGAACAUUGACUCCGACAUUCUCACCCUUUUAUUACUUAUUGUCUUUGCAGAUAGCUAUGCUGUUUUCUGUAUACUGCUAUAAGUUCAAAAGUCAUUCCAGGCCCCUUACACUUUUUGUGUGAUAGUUCUGUGGUUGAGACUUGGUGGUUUCUGAUAAAGAAACGCAAGACUUUUAAAAGUUUUUCACAGUAUUUUCGUGGGUCUUGUCCAAGGGGCAUCCUUUUUGACAUGGCUACGGCCCCUGUGAAAUACUAAUAGAAUCUGAUUUAAAGGCGUGGUUUCAACCUCUGAUUUGAUUGAGGUGUUCGCUUGACUUUUCAUUGGGACUUAAUGAAAUAUUGUACGUUAUUUGUUGUCAUUUGAUCAUCUUUCUUCUCCUAAUAAAUUAUUGAAACAUUUCUGCUGUGUAGACCAAUUAAGUUAACCAGUAUUACAUUUUAGUUACAUUUUUUUACCUGAUUUUAAAAACAAUAAUUAGAUGUGUAUGAUUUCAUUUAUCAGCUGCACUCAAGAUUAGAUACUGUUGAUACAGAUUAAAAUUAAUAUAGGGAAUAGCAUCAGUUUGUGUUUGCUUUGUGGAAAUUCUUAAAAAUACAUAAUGAAUCAAAGAUAGAUUAAUGGAUGAAUAUUGGUUUAUAAUUUUAUGUGUAUAAAAAUUUCCCCGCCCUUCCCAAGUAAAUAACUUGGGGUUUGUCCAAAAUGUCAUACACCAGGAGAGUUUGUUUGAGGUAUUUUCAUUUUAUUUAAUGGCUGAAGGGGAUUUGAUAACCUUUAAUAUGUUCUAUGGUUACACACUACUCAUGUCUUUGUUAAGAAGAUACCAAUUUCAUCACUUAACCGCACUUAAGGGAGCAUAUGUAAAUCUUCACAUUUGCACAAUAUAUGUUGCAUUUUAAAAAUUUUACCUAUAUAUAUUGGUUAACUGAAAUAUAAUGGAAAUGUUUCCAGUAUAUUAACAUUCAGUGCUAUUACUUACCAGAACCUGAUCUUCUCUAGCAGCUAUACUUACCUUCUUUAAUAUCAAACCACAUUACUCUGUAUUUAAAAUCAGUUGACCUAUAAAACUGCACACAAAAACAUUAUUACUAGGAAAAUACUACUUUUUUCUAGCUGUAAGGUAUAGCUCAAUGUGUAUAUGACAUUUUGUGUAGAUUGAUUUAACAAUAAUUUGUACAUGCUACUGAGGAAUUUUAAUUUGGUUUUAAUAGUUUAUUGCUCAUGAAUCUUUAAUUAUGAAGAAACUGUAUAGUAAUUUAAGCAUAAACUAGUUGAACGUGUAAAUUGGGACACCACAAAGCAUAUGGUAGGAUACACAAGUAUUUGAGUGUAGAAAUGUGUUGGUAUAUUUUCUAAUGACAAGUGUCUUAUUUCACCUAUUAAGGCAUCACAUUCUUAUACUAGUUACACAAUUCAUUCAGAUGUGUGUGUUGCUUUAUUGGUUGUUGAAUCAUGGCAGGUUUGUUAUGCCUCACUUUCCUGUGGCAAUCAAUGCCCACUAGAAUUCUUUCGGUGUGCUCAAAGAUGACAUUUAAUAUUUAUAUUUCAGAGGAAAUCAAUGGGCAAACACUGGUGAAAUUGUAAUUUACUUAGCAAACAGCUAGGUCGUGUAUUGAUCAAUCUUGUUGUGUGCCUGUCUCAUCCAAGGUAUCUUGGAAUCCGCUGGUGUUGUUUAUAAAGACUCAUUGAUUUAAACAUGACAGGUUUUCCCCCCAUUUACCUUAGGCAGACAUAAUGCAGAGUGAGUGGUUAUAGUAAAUUAAUAUUCAUAUAAAUGACCUCUUUGACCACCUGUGUUAAGUUCUGUGGCAUGAGUGGAGUGCUUAGUAUCUCAUUUUAAUGUAAGUACUUUCGUUCUGUUGUCUUGUAAGCUAUCAGUCUAGAUGGUGUGCCAUUCAUCUUAAGUAAAUCCUACAAUAUAAGCAGGUAGGACAUGUCAUUGGCUAUUUUUCUUAUUGACAUUUUUGUAGUUGUGGCGGAAAGUGUUCUCUUUGUAAGCUUAUGACUUCUUAAUUUAUUGUUGCACUAAAUCUUUACUGGUUAUAAAUAGCUUCUGGUUCGCAUGAAUAGGUCACACUCAUUAACUAUUGUUAAAUCCAAUGUGUUUUACACUACCCGAUAAAGCCUAGCCCUAACACUCUCCAUGAAAGCUUGAAAAAAAGCUUUAAAAAUCUAUAUUAUUGUUAUAUUUUUACAAUAUAAUUGUGAGUAUGGAAGUACUAGACUUCAUUGCACACUGCAGUUUAUGUUUCAUGUGACAUUGUGGAUUCUUUCAUUUUUUCAGCUAUGAAAUAUCUGAUAUAAAAAUGAGACUCUCUUCACUUUUACUUUAUGUUCUAUAAUUAGUAGCUGGUGCAGUUGAGCUUUAUAAAGAGAAUUCAAAAUGUAUGACAUUAUUUACCAAACAAGAUAAAUCUGUUACCUCCUCCUGAUUAAGAAAUCACUUGUAGCCAUACUUAUAAGACCACCUGAUUCCGAAUAGACAGAUCUACAUAUACAAAAUUAUGUGCUUUUAAGAUUUAAUAAAUAGAUCAAGUACAUUAAAAUAAUAUUUAAACAUUCCUUUUACAUUGAUGUACAAUUUAGAACUACCCACCUAGGCAUACAUAUGUCUUAUACAAAUUAAAAUAAUUUAUUGUAAAUUUCCUGUUAACAAAAACCGAGUGGAUAUGUCUCAUUAACAAAAACCUAGUGGAUAUGUCUCAUUAACAAAAACCUAGUGGAUAUGUCUUAUUGCAAAUAGUAGGUGGAAACCGCUAUUUAUUGUUUUAGAAAUUAAUAUUGAAUUAUGGCAGCAAUGGUUUAAAUUUAAAUGUAUAUGAUUUUGUGAAGUCUUGCAUUUGUCGAUAUCCCUUGCACCCAGAAAAAAAAUAUCCUUAUUGGACCAAAAACAUUUAACCCUUAUGACAUACUUUUAGCAGUGACAAGGAUUACCCAGUAAAGCAUAUCAUACUUGAUACCUGUUCGGUUUAUCCUUACUUUGUACAGUUUUUAUACGUUUGUCGAGGUUUAUGGCCGUAAUGCUUAUUUUGGUACAGAUUUUCACUGGAUUUAGAAAAAAAAAUGUUUUGUACAAGACACGAGGUCAAAACUGGUAUAGCAAUAAAUUCAAAGUUGAACAAGCUUUUCUUUGAUAUCAUUCGUUAAAAACCAAGGCAGGGUCAUACAAUAAUAACUACGAGUUGUAAGACAUAUUUAAAAAUCCGUUUUUGCAAUUCUAAUUUAAAAAAAACCCUGAAAUGUUAGUAAGUGCUCUUUUAAUAUCAAUCAAUGACACGCAUUGUUCCAAUUUAUUUCAACGGUACGGCCUAAUGCCUCUGAUUUCAACACUCUUGGAACGCUGCUUCCUGCGGUAGGAAAAAAAUGAUAUUGGAAUCUGCAAAGGAAGCCAGAAAAGAGUUCAAUGGUCUGUACAUUUUUCUAAAGACAUCUGAACUAUUUUGAAAAGACAAAAGGUUGGACGGACAAAGUUCUAGAUCUAUCUAAUAGUAAUAUAUAACAUUUGACGAUUUGUAUAAUAUAAUAUUGUAAAUAAUCCAUUUGACGAUUUGACAAUGGAGGAAAUGAUUAUUACAUUAUUACGGUAGUUUAAUUGAAACAGUUUUUCAAACUUUUUUUAAAAUUCACUGACUACUUGCAUAAUGUCUUCAGGGCACACAACCACUUGAUUUGCUAACAACACAUUUAACAUAAGAGUUGGCUGCUAGAAGACAUUCACUGUUUAGGUCAUCAUAAGUUUUAAGUUUCAACGCAGUUUUGAUGAUUCUGAUAGAGAAGUUUUUUUAAUCAUACGCGUACACAUUCACAUUAUAAAGACAUGGAUGAACUGAACCGUACUGAACCCCUCUAAAGUCUAAAGUACGUAUUUGGCAUUUAUAUAAUUUGGUUCUGACAACGCUUUGAUAACGACUAAUAGUAAUAGUAAUUCUGCUGAUGGAUAUAAAAUCGUAUUGAUAGUUUCUAUUAGCAUUAUCAUAGAUGGUCAUGCUUUGUCAACUUUAUGAAGAUAUCCAUUUUUGACUUGGUGGUGAUGAUAUCCAUUUGUCCAUUAUAUCACUGUCCAAUACUGAUGAUUAUUUACUUGGCUGUACAUGGCUGCGGUUUACCGGUAAAAAGAUGUUUCCAAUGAACUGCUGUCCAAAAAUUUCAAUAUGGCGCAUUUACCCGUGGACCCGUUGUUAACGUGGUCUACAGCUUUCAACAUGGCCGCCAAUGAACGGACAAUCACAACUUGCACGAGUCGAUAGACACUGCCCUGCAUCCGCCAUUGCUGGUCCCUGAAUUAGCCCCGAAGCCCAGAUUCGUGCAAAAUGGCCGUCCAGAACACUACACCGCCAGUAUGAAAAGCUUUUUCAUAGAACGUGGAGUAUUGAUUUUUCCUUCAAUUCCCCCCCCCCCUCCCUCCCCCCCUUCCCUCCCCGGUCUCUCCCUUCGUUCUAUUCUGUAAUUUUGAAUACAUGAUCAGGUUGAAUAGAAGCUAAAGAGGAAAAGAGAAGCACAGAAGGAGUAACCGGAUUCAGCCAGCUAAGAGUUUGCUUGUCUAGCUUGUUAGAGNCCCUUUCCCCCCUCAAUCCCUCCGAUCCCCCCCCGCCUAUUCUUCCCCCCCCCCCCCCAGAAGAAACACGCUGGCAGGCCAUAGUGAGCGAUCGACGUGGGAAGUUACAGGCUAAUGACUGUGAGGGGGUGGGGAGGUCCGGGUCGGAGGCCUGGUGGAAAACGAAAUCAGUGUUCGGUUCAUAAGUUAGGAGUGGGGAUGAGGCUGUGGUAGGGGAGAUUUGUGGUAGUGCUGGGGAGGGCCUAGCUUCUCACUGCGACGUCUUCUUACAAACCCCCCUCCCAACGCUUUCCCAUUACAACAGCAUAGCCAGGCGACGGUCAGACAGGAAAGGCAUAAUUAGGUGGUCACCAUGACAACGUGUGAUUAAUGGGUGGUUUUCACUCACCUCCACCACCAUUCUUUUCAUAAUUUAUUUUUUAAAAGUGUUUUUAACAAGUAUACUUACUCCUGAAUUUGCGCCUAGCAAAAAGUACCUUUGAUCACAAAAAAAUUCAACGUAACUGGCUGAAGAAGUGUGAGGGGAAAGAGCUUUGAAACUUGUAAUGCUCACAUGUUAUACAAGUAAAACUUAAAUGUGUAUUUCCGAAUGCGACUGGCUGGAUAAAUGUAAAAGAGGGUGUCGGUAGCUUGAAUGUUAAAUUCAAUCCUGUGAUCAGCUCUCGUCGUUCAUUGUGAUUGCUUGUUGUAAGCGCUUGUUGUGUAAGGCAAGCCCAGACCGAUACCUUUCCCCUCAUACCAAACGCUUGGCUUCUCUCGCAUGCCUUACCCUUUCGUUUAGACUGCUUUGCCUACCGUAUCUCAAUUGAUUGGGCGGGCCGGGCUAGUGGAGGGCACAACAUGUGAGGAUGAGUCAUGCCACACAUUCACUAUACCAGAGGCCUGUUCGAGCUUAAAGCAGAAUGCUAUCUGACCUGUGCACUUAUUGUCUGGCUUGGAGCGGAAGCGUACCAUCUCCUUAACCAAAUAACGAUAACUUAACAUACAUUUGAAUAAGUUGAUACUAAAUAGCAUGUGUCAACGUGACAGCGGUCCCUCUGUUUAUUUGACCUGGUUGUUCUUUACAACACUCUUUAAACACAUUUUACGGGUUUGUUUUUUUGCUCAGUUACUCUUAGGGUAGCUUAAUAAAGUGACUUUCAAAAGUUUUUUCUCAAUAGGUCACUUCGAAAAGCUUUUAUUGGGUACUAUUAGUGCGCUCUUUCAUCGCUUGUAAUUUCCGAUGUGUUAUUGUUGGCUGUCUUCCCAUGUGUUGUACAGUUUUAAAAAGUACAGUCAGUCCUUGUACUGUACCAUGUAAUGUUUGUGCGGCUGCUAUCUUAGGCUGUUAACUGGUGAACGUCGCCUUAUCCAGUAUCGUGUUCAGAGAAGGGCUGAAGGAGGUCGGUCGAGUGGAGAGGCGAGGGUCAUUGUGCUUGCUCUUACUAGAGCCCUGUGCUUAGUUUUAGUAGCACGGUAUAGCGUUUGCCUGGCGACCGCCCGAACGGAUGACUAGUUCGAAUGCCUGAAGUGGCGUGUAAACGUCAUCCUCUUAUCCCGGCAGUGGUCAUGUUUACGCUUGGGGGGGGGGGGGGCCCCACCCACACACUCUUCUCACUCCACAAGCAUAAUGGCUUGUGUGUUCCCGUCGUCCUUGUACCAGUUACAGCAGCCUGAAAACAGCAAGUCAUGCCCUGAGUGAAUGCCUGCCUUAGACGGAGUUGUUUUUACUAUCUCACACUGAGCGGGAAAGUCAAAUAAUUAGAAUGUCGUUAUAUUUUUAAGGCAUGGCACAUUUUCACAGAGGUCAGGAUAAAACUAUAGUUCAGUAAUCCAUUUUAAAAAAAAAUUGUGUUCCGUUUGCCACAGAGGGCCGGAUAACAGACACAAUUACGUGCGCGGGCCGAAUAAUCCUUCUGUACAAUGCUUGCAAGCCAGAAAGAAAGCUCUGGGGGAAAAAGACGAAAAACAAAGUUUAGUAUUCCAUGUACGAGUGUCGUGCAAUGCACAAAACUCUCAAUUCUGUCAAGAACUAAAAAUCUCUCCAGGCGGAGCUACCACGUGCCGGGGAAGAACUUGGGAUGGCGCGAAAUAAGCAAACAUUACACAAAACUAUUAACAAGAAAAUCUAGAUAAAAUAUUGAAAAUUGUAAAUUUAAGGCGCACAGCCUCCAGGAGGUCUCCGCACGUGUCAAGAUCUCCUAGUAUUCUAAACAUGAUAUUUAAAUUGUAUCACAACGUCUUGUGUUCCAUGUGUUUUAUCAAUCAAAUUCAAGUACCGUCGGCGGGCCUUAGGAACUGACGUGGUGGAGCGUCGUUUGGUGACCCCUGGUCUAUGGCUCGGGAAUACCUAGGCCUAUUCUUUCAAGUAUAAAAAAAUCGUAAUCACGGCUUAUUAGCUAGUCAGGUGAAUAAGCAAAUAACACAUAUCUUGAGCCCUUUAUAAUAGAUUUGGUGCGUGUAUCAUAUAUUUUGUGCUCGGAUAUCAGCAUCAUUACUGAAAUGUGAGCGGGUCAUUACAUUCCUCACAUAGGAUAAGGAACGAAAGCUCUACAUCAGGGGUCUGCAACCUACAUGGCACUCUGACCGAUCUUCAGUUGCACCGGGAAGACAAAACUAAUUAAUCACUAAAUAUGCGCCUUUUUAAGGUUGUUGGCACGCCAUACAAAUUGUAAAUCUAUUUUGGCACAAUAUUACUAAAAGAUUGCAGACUCCUGCUCUAGUGCAUUAUUAUUAUGUAAGGAGUAGAGGAGUGGUUCUUAAACCAUCACCGAUUUCGCUCUUUGAUUUCAAACUUUUCCCACACCCCAUCUCAUUUUCACAACAUUUCCCGCACACCCCGCCCCAAGAGAUUAAAAAAAAUAUAAUAAAAUGCAAAUAAACCUGAUUUUUCUGGAUCUUCUCGCCACCCACUGUCACUGCCCCUCUCCUCCAAUAGGCGGCGGCACCCCUGUUAAAAAGGUGUCCAAGGGCGAAUCAUUACUAGAUUAGAUGUCUUAACUCACUACAAUGGAACAUAAUAUAUUUAUUAAGAUGUGUAAUGUUCUCCUGGUUCGCAAAAAAUAAAGGCAAAAACUGUCGAAAAGUUUUAAAUAGGACGAACCGCUAUACUCCUAUCGUGUGAGUAGAUUUUGUCUGAAGCGCGACUCGUCCCAAUCCCCCAAGGAAAAUCGAUGAAACUGACAUCAGCAACCAAAAUACCGAAACAUUUCCUUCUUUCCUGGCAUCACGUGGAAGCCUUUAAACCGGCAGUAAACAUAUCAAUCCAACGUUUUCAUUCAUUCCCUUUGGUCCUUUGCGUUUAUUUUGUUGUCAAUCCUAAACAUGCAGAUGUGCCUUACACCAGCUUGUCUCAUCUACCGAGAAAAAAAACACAUAAAUACACGAAAUCUAUGCGUACUGUUAAACAUUUGAAUGUGCGUAAUAUUGCUUUAUAAUUCCACAUUUAUUACCACCAGCUACCACCACCUUAUGCAACUUGUGAUUUUUCAGCCAACGGUAUUUUUAAUGCAAUUUUUUUGUUUUGGUAGCUUGGUGGAAUAUCCGGAAAAUGACGCGAAAAUAUCUGCAUGCAGAGACAACCACCUCAUUUUUAUCGAAACCCCCCCCCCCCCUCCCCUAUUUCUUUUUUUUAAAACCCCCCCCCCCCCCUCCUCUAUUUCUUGUCUUUACAGUACAGGCACACGCCGUAUUUUCUCUACUUACCACUGGUACCGUCCCGUUUUUCUAAGUUUAGAAGAGUGAAAACUUUAAAUAAAUAGCCAGCCCCAAUAUUCAGACCGGGUGGGGAGUUACAGACUUGACUGCGAGGGGGUGGGGAGGAAAUUGCCUUGAUGUCUUCCUAACUAGACAUGUUUAAAAAAAUAUGGAGCUGUCUAAUUUUAGCAUGUUCCAGGAGAAUGCAAUGUAUAAGCAGCAUCGAAUGUGCAUUAGACACCCAUAAUACUAAGACUUAACAUUAUAUACCUUUCUCAACUCGCCUCGCGCCACUGUUCAAUUAGGUCAGGCUCUCAUCAUAUCUAUCCCACAACCAACGCAUGGGAUUAUUAUCUAGGGAAGUAUUUUCUCCACAUCAUGGUGAUUUAAUUUUGGGUUUCAUCUCAUCUGAUGUACUAUUUAUUUAAACCAGUUAUAGUACUUGAAUUCUGGAUUAAAACAAAAUAUCCGUCUUACUAACAUUAAAAAAAAAAAGAGAGAGUUGCACAGCAUUAUAAACAGUUUCUAAUAACUAGUAAAAUAACUACAUUCUUCUAUUAUUUAAAUUGAAAUACAAGGAUAAUAAUAGAACUUUAAAAAAAACUUUUGGCUUAACAUGAAGUAAAAUGAUCAGGAAGAAAUUUUGAGAGAAAUUAAGUGCUCUGAAUAUGAAAAACUUUUUACUCAUUAUCAUUUUUUUUGCCAUUGUAUUUUUUUUUAGGUACGGAAAGAUUCAAAGUGUCAAACUUCAGGCAGCCAAAGACAAUGACUCGGGCAGCACUGCAACGGUGGCCUUCAACGAUAUCAAAUCAGCUGCCAAAGCCCAUCAUGCCAAAAACAGCUUGGGAGAGGUGACAUUGAGAACUGACUACUGGGAAGGCUCCACCAGCACCCCAGUUAUAGCGCCGGCACCUGUGGCUACUUCUAACGCUGUCCGCAGUGCCAUCUACACUACUGUUGUUACAACAGCCCCAACCAGGCCUGUGUCAGCAUUCCCCAACUGGACUAAAGGGUGAGAACAUGCUCUGUAAUAAUAACAUGUAUAGAUACUAGAUACUUUCAUUUUCAAACCCAUAAUCUCCUGUUCUCCCAAAGCUUUGCUUAUGUGUGGUAGUUUAUCUGUUUAGUCGAGAUUACACACUUAGUUCCUAUGUGGUAGAUGCAGAAAAGGCAGUUUGAUCCAUCCUGCUCAUAUGGGCUUUUUAUUGAUAUAGUCAAAUAUCCUUUCCUGGUGUGAUAGGAUGGGGUAAUUACUCUAAGUCAUGAUACUCUGAUGAGCAUGAGGAGUUGUAAGGAUAUGUCAGGGAUACACAAUUUUCUCCCUGCAACAACUAAAACAUAUAUUUUAAAAAAUAUUUUAAAUACAAUAAUGUGUAUGUAAAUCCCAAGCUUUCAGAACAAAUCAAUACAAGAUAAUAGAACACAAAAUUUGUAAAUGGUCUCCUUCCAAUGCAGCCACAAUUUUCAACCAGUGUGUCUAUGGGUCAUAGGCAUCCCAAGUUUUUUAACAUGAAUUAAUAAUUUGAUUCUAAAAAUGUGUGGGUGUGUCAUUUUACCAGCAAAGUGUAGGGUUACUUGAGGUAAGAAGGCACAUGUAAUACAAUCGUCUAAUACAAAUAUUUUUUCACCAUGAUACUGGGUUGUAAGGAUUAUAAUAAUAUGAAUAUUUUUGCAAUGAUGAUUUAAAUGAAAACAGCUUCUAUAAAUGUUUGUAUAAUCACCAACCACAGCAGCCAGUAUAUAUACACUCCACAUGUUGCCUAUUAGACCUUGCAUUUUUUACCAAAAUAAUCAGGGAGUAAGAACCAACAAAAGCACUGAAACUUCACUGAGUAUGAUUGCAAACUUAGCCGCCUUCAUGCUUCCUUAAAAUCUGUCCUGUUUUGCUCUAGUUUGCACAUACCAGGCUAACUGGUUUGUUUUAUUUACUCACAUACUGAUUUUGAAUAUAUUUUGUAAUGACAGCUCCUACAGUUUUGUUUUUUCAGGGUUGGUUUAUUAGUUAGCUCCAUUUUUCUUCUUCUUUUGGAUUAUUAGUUUCCUGCAACUUGACUGGAAAUUGCUAAUUUGGUGUAGACCUUUUGGUUUUUAUUUAAUUUUAUUUUUGUGUUUUCCUGGAGUUCAUUUUGGGAUUUCCUUUUCCCACUAUCAAACUGGAGUAUAUUUACAACAGACCAAGAUCUUGUGGAAUACACCCUCAUAAUCAGCCUAAAUGGAUAACAAAUUUUGGAUACCUACAUUCCUGUUGGAUUAUAUACAUUUGGAGUACAUACGUUUGUUACCUCUUGGAUAUAUGUCUGGGAUACCUAAACUGGAGUACAAUAAAAUAAAUUGAAAAGCUACCUCUGUGGAUUAAUGGAUAUAACACAUUUAAAUAACAUAAGGCUUGAUGACCCCUGUGGAUAACUGUUGGUGUAUUUGAGUGUUUGAAAAUGGAUACCAAUGUUACAUGUCUUUCUCAGACUAAAUCGGUGGAUGCCAAUUUUCUUUGUGAAUGUUGUUGGUAAAGCUUAGUUGAUUCAUGUUUAAAGGUUAUUUUAGUUUAUAGUUGUUCUAUAAUUUGAAGAAUUACUUAUCUGUCUUAUUAUGUAAUUAUUUUUUGGGUUCAGCACUUUUUAGGUUUAAAAAAAGAGUACAUAUUCUUAGAAAUUCAAAUAUAAUAAAUAAAUAUAUAUAUAUAUAUAUAUAUAUAUAUAUAUAUAUAUACAUAUAUAUAUAUAUAUAUAUAUAUAUAGAGAAUAUAUAUAUAAAAUAUAAAUAUAAAAAAAAAACACACUUUCAGCACUUUUUAUGUUUAAAAAAAGAGUACAUAUUCUUAGAAAUUCAAAUAUAAUAAAUAAAUAUAUAUAUAUAUAUAUAUAUAUAUAUAUAUAUACACAUAUAUAUAUAUAUACAUAUAUAUAAAGAGUAUAAAUGUAACAUUUGAAUUUCAACAAAAACCACACUAGCAAUGCCCAUAAUAGGUCACGUAAAAAUACAUUAGAAGUUAUGAAAUCAAUUACAGUAAGAAUGUUCUAGAUGCUGCUGUUAAUGGUAGCUCUGAUGACAGAAGUAGCCCUUAAGGUUAUUUAAAAAGAAAUGGGUUUAAAAAUUUUUUUUGUAAAGAAUUUUUGUCUUCAAGUCCAAGUAUCAUUUUAAAAUAUAUUUUCACUGGGAUACUCAAGGUUGUUAAAGACUAAUUAGAACCUACAUGAAAAGUGUUUCCAAUUAUUUUAAAUAAGUGUUGAAAAUUAAAUACCAUGCUCUGUUACAAAUAGAAUUUUGAUUAUAUUAGAAUUUGAGCUGGUAACAAGGGAUAUGUUUUAGAGCUUAAUGAUGCACAUUUUUGUGUGUCCUUAACCAGGCAAACACCUAUGCAGUAUGACAUGUUAGUGGGACAUGCUUUCAUCAAUAAAUGUCACUUAGCAGGGUAUUCUCAAAACUAUUUACAAGUGACUCAAAUUUGAACUAAGUCCCGUCUAAAAAAAUAUUUUCGGUUUUCAGUUGAUUAAAAUACCCUUUAUUUACUAGCAGCUGUAGAGACUUUACUUUUUGCUCCUCUGCAAAGCACGCACAUAAUCAGUAAUUAAAAGUAUAUUAUUGAACUGUUAAAACAGGCAGGACUAAUCUCCAUUUUCAUUUUAAGAAUAUUAUUUGUAAAUGAAAUCCUAGUUUACUUUAUUUGUUUCUAAAAGAGAACUUUUCUAAGUAAAAUAUUGUCACUACUUAUUUUACUUGAAAUGUGGAACCAUUCUCUUCAUUAUUAAGUAUAAAAUGGUUCCACAUUUCUAGCACACUAUUAUUCCUUAACAACCUUAUUCACUGGUGUAUAUGGAUUUAUUGAAACUUGUUAUUUACCUUCUGUAUUUUGUUAACCAUUCAGCCUUCUACUGUAAUCAUCAGAUGAUACCUCUGAAGCUCGUUUAUAACCAGUAUUGAAACCAUUGUCAAUGUCUUAACAGUUUGAUCUCACAACUAACUAUCUCUUUGUUUAGAGCAGUGAAUUUCUUUCCCAUGAAUUUCUGACCGAUACGCUUGUUCUUUCAAAGUUUGAUGUAUAACAUCCAAAUCUUGAAUCACAACAAUCUAUGCAAUGCGUCUUAAAAUCAUUGACUUGAGUUUACAGUCACAUACCCGUAUACCCAAAUAUAAUAUUUUUAUUUUGCAGUCAUCACUUUGUUCCAAGCAAUUAGAACAGGGAUUUUGUUACUUUUAAAAAAAAAAAUUUCAUGGGCCCAGUCAGUCAGAUGAAGAAGGACCCGUAUCUUUGAAUAAAGUUUUUAAAUGCACAAAAUCAAUUUACAGAUAAAAUGCAGCUCGCGGACCCUCUGACACAUUUUCUACGGCUCCUCAAGGGGGUCCUUGGACAACUGAUUAAGAUCCCCCCCCCCUUUUUUUUUAGAGCAUAACUGUCUUGGUAUGUUAAAGUACACAUUGCGAUGGGUUAAAGAUUGUAUCCGUAACAACGUAAGUGUGACACGUUUGUGUAAUUUGACCCAUUGAGACCAACACAAACGACAAGAACUCUCGUUGGAGAAUUCAAUAGUCGUGUUGUACCUUGUUGCCAUGUGGCUUACAGGAAGUGCGCCGACUUUUGCAUAAAGGUCAAAGAAAUACAAAAGUUCAGGGCUAGUAAAUGCAUACACCAAUAAUGUGAAUGUUGGUUGAUUUUAUUGUGCGUAUACCUAAUACACGUGCAUCUCGUUGCUCCGAUGCUUCAUUACUGAAAAGUGUAAUUGCUUGACAGCUGAAGUUUGUUGUGUGUAAAGAAACAUAAAAGUUCAGGGCUAGUAAGUAAAUGCAUAUGUAAAUAGUGUGAAUGUUGGUUGUUUUCACUGUCUAUACACCUAAUACACGUGCAUCUCAUUGCUCCGAUGCGUCAUUAGUGAAAAGUGUAAUUGCUUGGCAGCUAAAGUUUGUCGUGUGUUCAGGCAUGUGACAAACAAGAAAUGAACACUAAAUCCAAAACACUAUUGUUUUCGGACAAAGCUUAAAUUUAAACGUGAAUGAAUUUAACCAUGGCCGGGUAUUUUUUAUAUUAUUAUUAUCCGUUUAAUCUUUCAUGGGACUAUUCGCGGGUAGCAUUGUAAAAAGCAAAGACGUGUGAAACGGAACAAUGAAAUUAUAGCAUUAAAAUUCUAAUCCUUAACAUUGAUUUGGCCCUGUGACGUUCAGUCAUUAAUGGAAAAUGGAAAUGUUUUUUUUUUUAAAAGCAAUCUGGCCCAUGGUACGUUUCUUUGAAUAAUAUUUCAAGCUGACAACCAUUAUUAUGGGACGCACUGUGUAGCAGGCUGAAAGCAACCAUUGUUGCUGUGGUGCCGUGCACGUGUUGCUUUGAAUACUAACCUAAUUAACCAACUCCAGAAUAUGACAUAGAUUUGAUCCAAUGUUGCUUUAGCUUUUUAUUAAAAUCUUAAAGGAAUUAUCAACGAUUACAUAAGAAGUAUACAUAUUUUCUAGCAAUAAAAACAUAUUAAUCUGGCAGUAUUUAAGUUCAGAAUGUUCCAUAUUACAGUUAAGCACCGCCAUUUUUUACAAUAAGAAAUGAAAACGGUUAGUCCUGAUACAUUUACUAACUUAAGGUGUUCGUUUUAAAGUGUGUAAUCACGUUCUACUUUAUGUAGCACACGAAAGUUAUUUGCGACCACUUAAUUCUUUCAGGAGUCUUGCAGAUAGGCUAUCGUUUGGGGAAAGUGGCCAAAAUUUGAGCCCUGCCCGACCCCCACGUCACAAAGAAAGGCUAAGAAAGUAGGGAGGAGAGUUGCGUAAUGGAAGGUUAACAUAUUAUUAUGAUGUCUCAGGACAACGGAAACAUGUUUAAUGCGGUUAUCGCCAUACUUAGUUGGGGGUUAUGGGUCUUUUGGGUAAAAAAUGAGUUAAAACUUACUGUAAUCAGUUAAACACAAAAUCCUAUUUAAUGGGUUCAUAUGAAGUAACGACCACAGCCUUUAAACGAUUACUUGAUAGCACGAAGAGGCUUGUACACGUUUAAUCCCCUGUGUUACCGAAGCCCGGGCUUCUUUGGAUGUUUGUGACAGGUAUUAUGGAAGUACUUUUUACAGAGCUGUCAUUGAUGACACCUCAGUGGGGCUUCCAAUUAUAUAGCAAUCAGUGGAUGAUUUGCAGUUGUUUGUUUUGGUUAAUGUGAAGCUUAGGCUAAUGGAAAUACUGAGCCCAUUUAAAAGUAUUCUAUCGCGGGAAUUGAAAAGUCUUAUUACGGGACACCCGUUAGUGCCUUUUGUAACUUAACGUCAUCGAAAUACCGGAAUUUGUUGUUACCCCGAACUGUGGCAAAGAUAAGGAAAGUGCGCCAUUUCUAAUUUCUUGAGCAGUAUCGUUCUGUGUGGAGCGUUGAUGUUAAAAGUUGAUGAGGUUGAAAAAUGUAGUCAAGUGAGAAUACUUGACAAUACUUUGCCCGAGUUUUAAUUAUUUCAUCGUGUGUGAUUGUUUUUGUGUGUGUGUGGUGUGUGUGUGUGUGGGGGGGGGGGAAUAAUCUUAACUUUUUUUCUCUCACAUUGAUUGUCAAUUUCUGUUACAAAGUAUUUUCGUUAAUCAUCAAAGACUUACGAGUAAUUAUAUUUAAUAACAGGGCCGAAAUAUGAAAUCUCCGUUAAUCUUAGUUAAUGCCUCUAAAUGAAUUAUUAUGUCCAUUCCAUCUCUUGUCCACGAGAACGAUCAAUCAGCUCUGCAGUCUACGCCCAACACUAUUGGGCGAUCGCCGUAUCAGGCUUUGCGCAUGUUCUGGAAAGAAACAUAACGGAUUCCAGUCAGUGAACAGGUGUGAAUUUCCGCGGCAGCUAGGAAAGAGCAAGUAUGUUAUAGUCAAUCUCGUUAAAAAUGUAUCGGACUGACGUAAUCAGCCCCUAGUAUUAUAACAACAUAGGCCACCGGCCAUAGACCAAAGAGAAGACCAAUCGAUGCUCGAUAAGGAAAGAAAGAAAAGGCCAGGGGUGGGAGGCGAAUCACGUGACAUUUUUGUGCCCGUAAACAAGUUUGAAAAUCGAUGGUCGCCAUGAUUAGAUUCCCCAGGGUCGAUGUUGUUGUAAAAGUGAGAGUGUUGGAGAGUGUUGCUCGAAGCUGCAUGCAAUGUAAGAUUAGGGUUAUUUCAUUUUAUCACAUUUUCUAAAAAGUAGUUUGCGGCGACUGGCUUCUGUCAAACACUAGAUAAGUAGAAAGUAUAAAAAAGAAAUACUCAUUUUUUUUCUUUAAUUAAUCGUAGACCAAGCAUUUGGAAACUUUUGGGUCUAAGGCUGGGGUCUCAAACUCGUGGCCCGCGGGCCAUUUGCCCCCCGCAAGACGAUAUUUUGCGGCCCGAUGCCUGACAGCAUAGUUUAGUGUAAAUGCGGCCCGCACGUUGUCCCCAUUCUCAUAUCUAUAAUGUGACCCUCUAAUGUGAUCUCACCAACUAGUCUAAUUCUGAUUUUAUUAAGUUGGUAUAGGUUUGGACGUUGAUUAUAAUAGUAAAAACCGUUUUAAAAUUGGAAUAAAAGUUAUUUUAUAGCAAAAGUUAUAUUAUGAGAUAAAUAUGGCCAAAUUGCGGUUGUGAGAAAAGUUUAAACAGUAAUUAAUGCACAACCAUAAUUGUAUUAAUCGUAGCAAUCUGACACAGUAUUAAAGAAUCCCUAAUAAAAUUGCCGAUAGUUGUACGAGUGAGUGAAAUUCCGAGCCUGUCAGCUUGGUCACUUUCCAAAUAGGGUUAUUCAAAAAGUCCUUUUCUACGAUAGAAAAAUCAUUCUCCUUACAAUAGCAUUUUCCUUCGUAUCAAUAAUUCAUAAAUAUUGCCUGCUCCUGCCUACUGUUUGAACACGUCUUAGCCUUCAAAGCCUUCACGGGAAGAAUGGGGUGGUUGUUACUGUGCCAAGUGAUCCUAAAUGGCUCAUGGACUUGGCUGUUUUGUUGACAUUACACAGGAGCUGAAUGUACCCAACAAGAAGAUACAAGACCAGGGGCAGCUUGUCAGUGUGCCUAUGACAAUGUCAAGGCGCCCAUGACAAUGUCAGGGCAUUCUGCACAAAACGUGUGUUAUACUUCUCAGAGAAACCUCUGCCAUUUCCUAAUAUGCCAAGUACUCAUUGACUUGGGCACACCAUUCAGCAGUAAGUAUACUGAUGCCAUUGCAAAGCUACAGGAAGAAUUUGAGAACAUGUUCGCAGAAUUCAAAACACACGCGUCACUUUUCAAUUUUUUGCUGACCCUUUCUCUCUCAAUGUGGAAUAUGCCCCCAUCCCUCUGCUUUUCUGCGCUUCAAAUGGAGCUGAUUCAUCUUCAGUGCAAUUCUGAAUUCAAGGCUAAUUUCCGGGAGUUGAAUGGAAAAACGGACAAGCAUGGAGAAUUUAUGAGAGCUUUGCCCUCCACCUUCCCUGAGAUUUCCAGGCUGUUCAAGCGGAUCAUGUGCCUUUUUGGAAGUACAUAUCUGUGUAAACAGCUCUUUUCCACUAUAAACUUUAACAAGUCAAAGUUCAGGGCACAACGUACUGAUGAGCAUCUUCAAGCUAAACUGAGGGUCUCAGUUGCUUACUCACGCAAGCCAAAUGUUUCUCAGCUGUGUGAGAAGAAUGCUUCCAGGUCUCUGGCAGCAAGGAAUAGGAAGAAGAAAGUUAAGCCCAGUUCUUGAGAACCCUUAAUAUUUUUACGUGUUAUUGAUAAAGGUUGAGCAGAAGGAAACAGUUGUACUUUAUUGACUUUGUAAUCGCCUUUUUUGUGUGUGGAAUAUUCGAUGCGGCCCAGUCUCACCCAGACUCUACCUCCUGCGAUCCCCGGAUGAUUUCAGUUUGUAACCCCUGGUCUAAGGUCAGAAAUGACGUCAGAUUAAAUAUUUGUUGGCCAGGCUGACUCCAGAUAAAAAGAAAGGUGCAUUCUAGAUCAGUGCUCCGCAACCGUUUUCCUACCACGGAACACUUAGGCUGUUCCCAGUAUUUCGCGGCACACCGCAAGCAAAAACUAAUUAUUUAAUUCGUUUUUAUUUUUUAACUGUUUUUUUUUUUUGUUUUCUUGAUACUUUGACGUACGGGGGGGGGUGAGGUAAACAUUAAAAAAAAAUAGCUUGACAUAUUUAUAAACGGCCUCUGUGGCAUUUGACAGAUCUUAGGCUGUUCCCAGUAUUUCGCGGCACACCGCAAGUAAAAACUAAUUAUUUAAUUCGUUUUUAUUUUUUAACUGUUUUUUUUUUUUUGUUUGCUUGAUACUUUGACGUACGGGGGAGGGGGUGGUAAACAUUAAAAAAAAAUAGCGUGACGUAUUUAUAGACGGCCUCUGUGGCAUUUGACAGAUCAGCUAAUUACUGUUACAAUUAACAACGUGUUCUUAUUAAAUAGCUGACCUCACAAUAAACUCUUGGUUUUUCUCCACUUGACGCUCUAAUACCGCGACACACCGGUUGCGGAGCUCGGUACUAGAUGAAGGCAAAAAUCAUUUAUAUUAGCAUAGGGUUUCCCAACCUUUUUUAUAUUCUGUAUCCAUUACAAAAUUGUGUGACUAAGUCUCGUACCCGUUGCACUGGGCUUCCCCAACCAACCCGCCUGGCUGCCGUACGGUACGGUUACCGGAAAUUUGAUGGAAAGAAAUUUCGUCGACAGUGAAUUGAUCGACGGUAAUUUGAUCGAACGGAAAUUUGGUCGAAUCUUUUUUUCCGUUCGCACGUUGAAAUUUUCGUCAAAUUUCUUUUUGAACGCACUAUACUAUUUAGUAAAACAAAAUAAUUCGUUCAAAAAGAAAUUUGAUGCAAAAUUGUCACGUAAAAAUUGAAAAGAAGAUUCGACCAAAUUUCCGUUCGAUCAUAUUACCGUCGACCAAUUUACCGUCGACAAAAUUUCUUUCGAUCAAAUUUCCGGAUACGGUACGGUACACGGUAGCAGUGAUAAAUACAAAACUGUACAUUGAUUAUAUCAUUAGCCAACAGCUGGCCGGCACAUACUUCCCAUUCAAAUGGUAAAACGUUUACGUUUUUUUAAAAAUUGCUCUUCAUCUUAAGUGUUGCAUUGUUUUUUCCUCACUUUUUUUUCUUUCUUUUUUUCCCUUCUUUUCUUCCCCUUCUUUUUUUUUCUUCUCUUUUCCCCCACUAGAAAUAAGAUAUGUGCAGUGUGCAUAGGAAAUCAAAAUUAUAGUCCGGCCCACAACAGUGAACCCUACCCCUGUUUUAAAGGUUUGAGGAUCUCUUGCUACACACACACACACACACAGUCACUCGCACACACACAAAACCCAAUACAUUUUAAAAUUGGGGAAAAGUUCUUCAAUUUUUCAAAUAAAAUUACAAAGUUAACAGGAGAAAUUUGAAAUACCGUGACUUAUAAAAUACGUUGGUAAGAUGUUAAUGUUGAAUAAACAAAUUAUAAAAUAAAAAUUUGUAAAAUAAGUUGAAUGACAAUGCCUCCUCUUUUUGUAAAGUUUCCAUCUCAAUAGAAAAUACUUAAAGUUAUACGCUUGAGCUCUAGAAUGUCUUACUUUUUAGUGGCAAGUAGAUUUAAUAUCCUUUUUCGAGACACUCGUUUUAUGUUCAAAUUUUUAAUCGUAAUCUUGUAUUGAAAUUUUCCGUUAAGUAAAAUUUUCAAUUACAAUGUAGACUAAAUCAAGCGUUUUGCGGUCCUUUAAAUUUAAUGUUUACGGCGAGCUAUCACUACUAGCCACAUAAACGGCUUUGAAAUCAAACUCUCAAACUAUUACUGAAUUAAACUACAAUUGAUUUUUAAAAAAUCACUCCCUGCAGCCUGCAUAGCUGUAUAUUAGAAAUCUGUGCAUCAAUCUCCUUAGAACUUAUUUAUUUAGAAGUGACCAGCUAAAGGUUAAUGUGUUAAAAAAAAAUAAUAAUAAAGAAACCAUUUUAACCGAGUAAUAAAGUGUUCCGAUGUGUAUUCAUUGGAGAACCUUCCUCGACCCGAAUAAAAACACAGGGCUGGUGGCCGAGUUUUGUCCGCGGGCCAGAGUUUGUACACGCCAGCUGUGGACAACCUAUCUCGAAACUGCCGGCUUUAUUAUCUGUACAGACAGGCAACCACACUCGCCAACGCUGUAAAAUCACCACCAACAUACUUGGAGCUGCACAGUAGGGAAAUCCGUUAUUGAUUGUUCCUCGGCCUACCCCACCCUCCUUCCUAUUUUCCUUUAGACUCGACUUGGUGGAUUGCAUUGCCAAACUGGUGAUAUUAUUGGUGUGUUGUCUCUCUCUCUCUCUCUCUCUCUCUCUCCCCCCCCCCCCCCNCCCCGUUAUUUUUCUUAUUUCUCCUCAUUCUCCCGGGUCCGCGUUUCCCUUCCCUCGCAAGUGUUGAAUACUGUUAUUUAAUGUUCACCACUGCUAGAGAAGUUUUCCCUCUGAUCUUGAUGGCAUUCCAUGCCAUGAGUUUUAAUGUAUUCUCUAAGGCUAAACGAAAGGGAAUGUAUGGUGCAAACGACGACUUAAGUCGCCAUUGUUGUUUUACUUGUAAUAAUUUUAUAAUUGGGAAAUCUAGGCAAUAUUGGCAAAUAGUACGUUGUUGUAUAUGGAGAGAUAUUAACUUAAAUUUAUAUUUCAUUAGACCAUAUCUACCAGAUGUGAAACGGGAUUGAGGCCAUAAAGUUAGUCCAGAACAAGCUGUAGUAUCAGAAAGCUGUACGCUUUGUUUCAUGUUAUUUUUAUUUCCUCGCCUCAUGUCUGAAUAUUGUGGGUAUCGAUCAUCGUGUAUUAAGCUUAAUUCUUAACAGUGAAGUAUCUUUUUUUCCUCUUCUAUAUAUUAAGGGCCCACGAUCAAUUUAUUGAACAUUCUGGCUCCUAUGCAUGUAGAUGGGGACUUGCAAUGUUUUCGUGUCUGGUGUUGACGAGGAUAUUUCACUGGUUGCAAGGGCUACUCUGUGAUGGUAGGGCUGGAAGGCCUGAGGCAAUAGACGCAAAUGUGUCAAGUGUCGUCACCUCAAUUGUUCUUUUUAUUCUUGGCUAGUUGGGAACACUAAUCAUUUUGAAAUAAGCCAUAACAACACUUAAUGUCAUCUUAGAUUUAUAGUUAUGCCAAUUAGCUAUGACUGUUGAUCAGGUCCUCAAGGUUUUGAUUCCAAAAGCCAGUGCAAGGUUGUUACGUUUUUUCAUCAAACUCCCAAUGUAUGUAGUAUAGUAAUAACUUACGCUUUCUUUAAAAAUGGUAUUCUUUGAUUUAAUUUUUUUAUAUGGCUCUCUAAGACAUACAAAAAAGGCAUCGAAUGAAUAAAGAUUUUUCAGUUUCUUCUAUUUUGAUGUUUAUCAAAGAAGGGAAACAUUCAAGUGGCGCUAAAUAAAUGUUAAUAUUAAAAUAUAGUUUUAAUUAAUCGAGGCAUAAUUGGAAAAACUUAACGAAUCCAGUAAAAAUGAGGUGAUUUUUAUAAUAACUGAACUGCUUUAUGAUUAAGAAUGUAGAAUAAUGAACACUUUCAGUACUAUUAGUGUGUCGUAGAUAAUAUUAUCCUCGUACUAAAUGUAUACAUUUAUGCUAGAGUGCACGGCCAUACUAGUCGAUUGACAAUGUUAUAGGCAUGAGCAACUUUGAUCUCAUAUGUUAACUAUUCUUAUCUUAUCUUAUUCAUUUAAAUUAUUUUUGAACAUCAUAUGUGAUAGUUAGACUAGGCUAACCCUAAGAAUAUGGUUGUAAAGUAGACUAGGCUAACCCUAAGAAUAUGGUUGUAAAGCAGACUAGGCCAACCUUAAGAAUAUGGUUAUAAAGUAGACUAGGCUAACCCUAAGAAUAUGUUUGUAAAGUAGACUAGGCUAACGAUAAGAAUAUGGUUGUAAAGUAUUUCACUCUUCCUUAGACCAGGCUAACUGUUAGAAUAUGGUUGUAACGUAUUUCACUCUUCCUUAGACUAGGCUAACCCUAAGAAUAUGGUUGUAAAGUAGACUAGGCUAACCCUAAGAAUAUGAUAGUAAAGUAUUUCACUCUUCCUUAGACUAGGCUAACCCUAAGAAUAUGGUUGUAAAGUAGAUUAGGCUAACCCUAAGAAUAAGAUAGUAAAGUAUUUCACUCUUCCUUAGACUAGGCUAACCCUAAGAAUAUGGUUGUAAAGUAGACUAGGCUAACCCUAAGAAUAUGGUUGGAAAGUAGACUAGGCUAACCCUAAGAAUAUGGUUGUAAAGUAUUUCACUCUUCCUUAGACUAGGCUAACCCUAAGAAUAUGGUUGUAAAGUAGACUAGGCUAACCCUAAGAAUAUGAUUGUAAAGUAUUUCACUCUUCCUUAGACUAGGCUAACCCUAAGAAUAUGGUUGUAAAGUAGACUAGGCUAACCCUAAGAAUAUGGUUGUAAAGUAUUUCACUCUUCCUUAGACUAGGCUAACCCUAAGAAUAUGGUUGUAAAGUAGACUAGGCUAACCCUAAGAAUAUGAUUGUAAAGUAUUUCACUCUUCCUUAGACUAGGCUAACCCUAAGAAUAUGGUUGUAAAGUAGACUAGGCUAACCCUAAGAAUAUGGUUGUAAAGUAUUUCACUCUUCCUUAGACUAGGCUAACCCUAAGAAUAUGGUUGUAAAGUAGACCAGGCUAACCCUAAGAAUAUGGUUGUAAAGUAGACCAGGCUAACCCUAAGAAUAUGGUUGUAAAGUAGACCAGGCUAACCCUAAGAAUAUGGUUGUAAAGUAGACCAGGCUAACCCUAAGAAUAUGGUUGUAAAGUAUUUCACUCUUCCUUCGCCCCAAAAUAAGACUGCGGAUGAGACUGCGGUUUCAGUUGCUUAGCGAAAGAGGGCGGCAUAGGUGGGGACAGAUGUCUCCGGGCGCCUGACUAGUCGAGGCGCCAAAAUGGGCAUUGUGGUAUUUUAUCGAUGAAAAUAAUAGGUUUUAUAAUAAGGGGCGUAAAAAUAAUCCUUUUCCCAGGGUUCCAAACAACCUAAAUAUGGUUUCUUUACCCCCUUCCUCUUUUCAAUAAUAUACUUUAAAGAAUACAAAAUGAAAUUAUGUAUUUUCCAUAUAUUCUCUUCCGAAUCUUGACAGAUGACAGGCCCACAAUUAAAGCUGCCCAUGUUAAUGUUAACUGUUGUUCUCAUGAUUGACUUAUACGUGUAACCAUGAUGCUGAGCUAAUCUUACCACAUAUAUAAAACUCUAUCAUAUUACCGUCAAACUGCACUGAGUUACCUUCCCACAAUUUUUAGUUAGGCUAUUAUUAAUUCUAAACCAUGUGAAAUGUGGACUCUUUAUAACAAUUAACAUGUCAUUCGAACAUCAUAUGUCAGCGUGCAGACCCCACUCAAAUAACUUCUGCACCUCCUUUAUUUCCUAUAACUUAAUGAGCCUCCAAAAAUGCACAUUUUAUGGUUUAUGGAAUGGGGGUGGAUGAAAGUCGAGGUCAUCUCAUUGCACAGUGUAAUGUCAUUUACACGACAAAGAGAGGCGCGCGCUCACACCCUUGCACGAUCCAAUACCAUCCAUCUUUCCUGUCCAACGCCAACCAAACCAGCUCGAAAAUCCAAUUAUGGCCUGGGUCGAUUCGCGCCCCCCCCCCUUACACACACAAUACCCUUCUAUACCGUAAAACCGGGCAUUAAAAAAAAUCUUCAUCUUUCCUGAAUAGUUUCUAUCAUUUAAAAAAAAAAAUCGACCCCUUUGCUUUUGUACAAAGUUGGUAGAAUAUGGGGAAUGAAAGGUAUACUGAGCGUUAUCGAUUUCGGGGCAAGCUCAUACAAAAAUUCCUCAGCUCAUAUUACAAUAAAUGAUGCCAUACUCGAUACCGCAUGCGUUUUUUCCCCCUUAAGAACUUGGAGGAGGUGAGUAUCGAUUCUUAGAACACAGUUUCUGUUUAUAGUCCCUGGGCGCGUGGGGCGGCUAUUAUCGAAUAAUUAGAGGAACGAAAGCAUCGAUUUCUUCAGGCUGCUUAACAUUUAUUGUGUUUUGAUUAAGAAAGCGCCUCCCUUCCUUUUUUCGCACUCUUCACUCGCAACCAAUAAGAUUAAAACAACUUCCUUACAAAAAAAAUAUGAACAGUAAUGUGACGCGCUUCAUGAGAGAAUGAAUAAUAAACGGUAGUUACAAGCGAAAACCGUAAGUGAAAAGUAUGUGAGCUACUGUGCAUUUUUUCAACCAUGUCAUAUCUCUUUGGGUUUCUGUUUUAUUCAUUGGCGAUAUUUAGUGAAACGGUGAGGUGGGGGCCAGGGUGGGGAUUUCUCUGGUCUGAAUCCUCUACACCAGCGUUUCCCAAACUUUUAAGUUUCACGGACUGGUGGACAAGUUUCGAAACUGCACCAGGGACCGGUGCCAGAUUUAUUACAAUAAGUUAUGACAUGGCUCGCAUUUUUCUCUUGUGCAGAAUAGUCAGUAGACCAACCUCAACGGGAGCUCUCUCCCCCCACCAUUAAAUUAUCUUAAAUAAUUUGAACUCUCUCUGCGUCGUUCAAUUUUAUGCCAUUUUAAACAGAUAAACAGUAAUAUUUUAAAAUAGUUUAUUUCAAUAACUGUUUACAAGUUAAACUCUGCAAUCAAUUCCACAAGAAGUGCGCUACCAGUAGAUACUGUUUAAAUAUGGUGAUAUUGUAGGCACAAUGGUAAACUUCUGACCUUAAUGUUAAAGCUUAAAGUAUUGCCUGUAUAAAGGGAGCGUGACAAUUUGAUGCUUUCAAGUUGAGUGUAAGACAACGCUUUAUAAAUGUCAACCUGUGAACAUCUGUCAAAUAACGUUGCAGUAAUCAGUCUUCUUGUCUGGAUGUAAUCCUUCAAUGUAACAUGGUAAUACCCCCCCGAUGACGUUAUAGCCCCGAUCGAGCCAAAUGGUCUUCAAAGCCAGGAUUAGCUUAUUGGAAUGAAAUACUUAAGACAUCAGCGUAAGACCCUGUUUCCCAAUAUAUAGGGAGGCCAAAAAAUGUGUAAACAUCCCUUUGUCAGAAGCAGAUAAAAGGCGCCAACUCUUACAAUAAGUUGUUGAGACGCAGGGGAAAAGGGGUUUGGGGUGGGGGGGGGGGGGGGAAGAAAUUGAAAAUGUUUUUUUUCCCAAUAUAUAGGGAGGCCAAAAAAUGUGUAAACAUCCCUUUGUCAGAAGCAGAUAAAAGGCGCCAACUCUUACAAUAAGUUGUUGAGACGCAGGGGAAAAGGGGUUUGGGGUGGGGGGGGGGAGGGAAGACAUUGAACAUGUUUUCUGAUUAGCAUGAUAAUUUUCAUACAACUGUCAAUGACAAAACAUAUUAACUCAAUAAAAGAAAACUUUGUUACGAGUUGUUCUCACUUUUUCUGGGCCACCCUGUAUGCCAAAAUUUAACUAUGAUUAGACAAAAUAAUAAUUCAACCAAACGUUUCAACAAAUGCCUUCACACAGGACAAAAAUUUAUAUAAUUAUUUAUUUUUGAUGGACGUACUAUAAUGUAUGUUUAUCCUACCUAUACCUAAAAAUGCUAUAAAAGAAUAAAAGUGGACACAAAUGCCUAACGAAAGCAAAGGUAAGCAGAACGGAAAGAAAGUGGGUGGAAGUACUAUAUAAAACCAAACAUAGUAGUGGCAUGUAAUGCAGCGGCUAAGGUUGCUACUUUUGGGACAUAUAUGUGAUUUAAAGGCAGGGAGUUGGCUUUUAACAAGCAUGUCCCUAAGGCUCUUGUCUUUCCGUAAAGUGAGUUCGUGUGACAGUGUCCCUAGACACAUGUAUAAUUUCUUCUGUAACGGUUUGAGCUUGCUCCCUAGCCCUCUGUUUUGACUUUUCACAUGUCAAUUUAAGUCCCAGUUUCAAACGCAUAUGGUGAUGGGGGGCUUUCUAUAAAUUCUACUCUAAAACAGAUUCCCAACAGUUCGUAUGGAGAUGGUUACAGGGCCUACUUAAAAAAAAACAACAAAACCUAAAUGAAAACCCACCAAACUUUACGCGGUCCAUUAGGGGUCGUUCGCAAAUUACGUCACACUAAAAUGACCUAUUCAGACCCCCCUGUCACAAAGUGUCGCAAAUUCUUUAACAACCCCCACCCCUGUUGGUGUCUCGUCACACCUAAAAAAAAAAAAUACAUAAAAUUUUCUUGACUAAACUGAGAUUUUAUUUUAUUCUUUAACAUUUCCCAUAAUAAUUCACAAUUGAUUAAGAAGUAGUAUUAUUAGAAAACUGUGACGUAGAACGCGAAACAACGAAGUCCUCCCUGCGCCGAAUGUAAAAUGGCCACACAACUGUUUUUGCGUCAUUUUUCGAUAGGAGUUUUCACGGUACUUUUUAUACCAGAGGCGAUUUGGACCUCUAAUUAAUGUUUUUAAAAAUUAUUUAAAAAAAAUUUUUCAAAAUUAUAAAAAUUUUUCCCCAAUUCUCCCCCCCCCCCCCCCCCCUCAAUUUUUGUCUCCUUCUUUUACUGAGCGUGACGUAAUUUGCGAACGACACCCUUAUUCUGAACAUAACACACCCAAUUGAAAACCCACCCAAACUUUUACGCGGUGCAUUAGUCUGAACAUAUUCAUAUGAUAUUUCGAUACAAAUUUUUCAUUCCUAUCGGAAGAUAUUAUUACCAAGGGCAAAGAACCUCAACCGUCUGCCAUCUUGGUUAGGAUGUUCUGUUGUAUACCUGUACUUGUACAAGCGCCCGUUCCUUCCCCUGAUCUAAGGCUUGGUUAUCAUCCAGCAGAUCGUGCCUGCCGCUCGGAGUGCCUGACCUGUUUAUCUGAGCUUCGUGAACCAAUGUUGGCUGGACUGUAGGAAGGGGGGCGGGGGUUGGUGGUGGUUUGUUUGGAGCUGUGCCAUAUUACACGCUACACAGGCACGGCUAUUCUUGGUGUCGAAGCAUAGGCCGUGCCUAAGAAUACUGCGUUGUUUUAUCUCGAACAUUGUCGGCGUUGAUAGGCCUGUGUGGCAGCUGUGCCGAAUACGUCACGGUGAUGUGGGCAUUUUAAAGCUGUGUCAACAUAGGCCAAACGUAAUAAAAUGAACACGAGAAGUAGGCCUACAGGCAGUAUCAAAUGGUUUUCCGAUAUUUAUAGGGGUAUUGUAUACUCGGAACUACAAAAUGUCUUGUAAUCGUAAUUAAUUAUUGCGAAUUUUCAUAGCAUAGAAAAUGGGUGUGGGAGAGAUUGAUAAAUAAAUCGUACAUAACUUACUCUAACCAAAUCAUAAAUAAAGCAAACACUGAGAGGCAAAGAUGCAGACUCGUUUAACCCUAAUAAGUUAAUGUCAGCGUAGUUUUCAGCUCUCAAAAACGUAGUUUCAAGCUCCAAGUAUGAGUUUGGUGGGGGGGGGGGGGGCUGGUUUGCAAUCAAAAUACACGUUGUAAAAGUAAUUCCACUCAACUGCUUAUGUAAGUUAAGUAUGCAUGGGGGGGGGGGGGGGGGGCUGGUUUGCAAUCAAAAUACACGUUGUAAAAGUAAUUCCACUCAACUGCUUAUGUAAGUUAACGCAAAUAAAUAUACAGAAUAUAGUGAUGCGAUUUGUUGUUUAGGGUGAGAAAAGGUCUUGUGCAAGCACAUUGGCAGUUAAGUAUGAACAACGCGAUUCUCUAAAAGAUAAUAUUCUGGUUGGUUUAUUGAAAUCGAGAUCACAAACACCAAUCACAGUUUUUUCUGAUUGGAACACUUGCGGUAUUAACACAAAAAAUGCGGUAUACUGCAAACAAACCUAUGAUUAAAAAAAAGAAAAUUAAAAUAAACCAAACAUACGGAAAAACUCCCGAAACCGUAAUUUUUUUAAGGCUCGUCGUAGUGCCGUAGUCUUAAGCUUAAAAACGUAUUUACGACGUCGAAAGCGUAGGGUUAAACAGGUCUUAAGAUGAUCUGUGAUUAACUUGUUUUAUGCUACAAAGGGGCUUAAACGGAAUUCCACAAAUAAAAUUACAGGUCCAAGAAUGCUGGCAUUGAAAAUAACACCUAACCCCGCACCAGAUGCUUGGGAAUAGAUCAUCGGUAGAGUAACAUCUGCUCUGUGGUGCGCUUCUCUUUUCAGUUUGAAGGCUAGACCUCAGCGAUGCGAUUUUCAACUUAAUUUCAUGAUUGCAUUUUUAACAAUGAUUUUUAACCUCCACAAUGUAAAUUAUUAUAAAGUUGGUUGUGCACCUCAGUUAUCAUAUUUAAUGGUUUAAAGCAAAACAUGCGGCCCACCAGCACCCACUUUGCGGCCUGCGAAGCAACAAAAUAUUCAUUAUUCUUAUUACUUUCUUAAUAGCUUUCCCCUCGUCCUAUUUUCUUUUGACCCGCACACGUUUUUCAUAAAGUAUUACGGCCCGCCUUACAUUUUGAAUUGUGCAGGCCUGGUUUAAGGCACUGUUGCGGAGCUUUUUUUUAGGGCGUCUAUAAUCUAUUCACACACACACAGACACACACAUAUAUAUAUAUGUGUGUGUUGUGCUUAUAGCAUUAAAGUUAAUUUAAGGCAAGAUAGUACAUAAGACAAUCAAUCUCAUCUAAUCUUAAAAUGAUAAUAAUUGGAUUAAACGCAACUGAUAAUUUGCUUUAUUCUUAAAAUAAUUAGCCUUAAUUUGUCUCAAGCGUAUCCUUUUUUUUAAAGGUCGGAAAACCGCCUGUCCAGCAGCAAUAUUUUUAUUCUUAAAAUAAUAUAUAGAUAAGAUACGAUUCUUUAAUUGAUCCAAAUAAAUGGAAAUGUUUUUUGCUUGCAACUUGCAUUCUACAUUUUGAGCACAUAAAUAAAAAAAAUUGAACACAAGAUAUCUACAUUAAAUUAUUUCACUAGUGAAAAAAAACAGCCAUUCUGUGAACUCUCUUAGUCUUAUAACUUAGACUUAUAACGUAUAAUUUAGUUUUAUAACUUCUGGGAGAGCAGGCUGGUAAAUUGUACAGAUUGGGGAACAAGAGAAUUUUUUUAUCUUUCAGUCCUUGCCCUGAGAGAAAGAAUUCAUCACUAUCGAGCCAAUAUUAAGUCAAGUAUCUGUGUUGAAGAGUGUGGGAUGUAUCAUCAAAAAUUUGUUUUAUUAUAACAUCUUUCUUCAAAUAGUUCUUCAAAUAGUUCUUCAAGUGAAGGAUGUUUAGUUCGUGUUAUGUUCCUAGCUUUCUUGAUUAGUCUGUUAGUUUAUUCUGUGUUUAAUAUAAGACAGAGAAGUAAUUUCAUGUUUUCUUGAUGGAAUUUAUUUUAUUAAGCUCUUUUUUUAUAACCCGAGAUCGAGGGAUCUAGACUGCAAUUGUAAUAUGUACAGACACAGUUAAGACCAUUAUGAAAUUGGAAGCUAUAAUUUAAUAUCAUGUCCCCCUAUCAGUUACCUGAUAUGGUGUUUUAAUGAAGGCACAGGUAACACAAUCAACCAAUGGAUCAGAUCACAUAAGUGAAUUAUUGGCUUAAUUUGUUGUUCCUCUUAAAUUUCAUGCUUUUUAUUGUACUUUUUUUUUUCUUAUGUUGUUCUGUCUGUAUGUUUGUGGUGGAAUCUUUCAUAUCGAUUUUGACCCACUUCCUGACCUGCAAUUCAGGUGCAACUUACUUCUUCAUCACAAUAUACAACACUCCAUGAUCAGUAGGUCAUAAUUGACCUCCACUGACCAUUAAGUGAUUUCUGCAGAUAUCUCAGGAACAGAAAGUGAUAGGGACAUCAGGAUUUCACUACAGCUUCCUUAUGCUUGAUGGCUUUUUCUCGAAAUUAAUCAAUUUUUUUUUACCACAGUAAGGUCAGCAAUGGACCUUUCACUUUUUUUUUUUAUAUCAUUGGCGCCCCACGCUUUUUAAAAUUAUGUUUCAACCGACUUCCUGAUCUCCUAUUUAAUGUUUUUGGUGUUUUUUGUUUGUCUUUAGCUUCCAAGUUUCUAUGUCAUUUAUUGAAAAUAUGGUUUAAUUUACUGUAAGUUAACCCACCAGGUCAUGACCCGUUUAAAAAGCUGACAUUGAUAAAUUAAUGUUUUUAACUCCUUUUUACAACUAUGCACCCCUCAACUAUACUGAAAAGAAAAUUAGUGUGGGAUUAGUUUGGCCAAGAUGACACACUUUUCUUGAUUUUGAGCCAUGUUAAAGUCUGCUAAAGAUUUCCCAUUUAAAAUAAGGUCUGGGGCUUGACUAAUCAUGUUCUUUUGGCCAGUGAAUCCACAGUUCCAAACACAGAAUUGUUUUUACAAGGAUUAAAUAUGAUUCAUUGAAAAGUUUAGUUUUCAACUUGAAUCAUUCUGAUAUCUCAUCUAACUUCACCUAGACACAUUGCCACAUGGCCUGCAUGGUUUAGUUUUUAAUCCAGAUUUUGGUAAAGACAAUGCAAAAUCAGCAGCAAUGAGAUUGCUAUGUUUAAAAUUUAGCUCUUUAGAUUAAAAAACGUAAUUCUGAUAAAGCACCAGUCUUUUUACAAUUAAUAUAUCUAAUUAUACAUAAAAAGCAACUCUUAAUAUUUAACUAUUUAUUAAACUGUCAUGACUGCAAACAAAUAUAAACCCAAAUAUGUAUUGAAUCAUUUCUGAAUUUAGCUUUAAUCCAGCUAUAUACUAAGUUAUUAAGAGAGUUCCUUAAAAGUGUGAACCCUUAUAAAUUUAUUGGCUUUAAUAUAAUUUAUUCUGGUAAAUAUGCCUCUGGGAUCUUAGGAUGCUGCUUUUCUCUGUUUGCUGGCUAGCUUAAGACUUAUUAUGUAAUUUAGCCAUUGACAUCUGAAAGUACUUCAUUUAUGUCUUUACUCUCAACCCCUAUUUUUUACAGUAGUCCUAGCUUCUGGUAUGUUUUAUUGUCAUAACGUAAUUUUCUAUUUUACUUUUUAACAACUGAUUCUGUUUGACAACAUUUUAGAAGGGGGAAAAAAAGAGACAUCACAAAAUAGUUCCUUCAUGAACAUUUGUAUUUACUUUUUAUCCCCACUUUAUUUUUGUUUAUUUCAAUUGAUUGAACAUUUUCUGACCAUUUCAUUAAUUCAUUUUGAGUCUAGAUUACAUGUGAUUUUUGAAAUAUUCAUAAAUUUACAUUUAAAUUCAAGUAUUUGAAAGAAAUAUGAUCCUUCAUGAAACAUUUGUUUUCCACCUUUUUAAAAAUAACCAUUGAACAAAACAUAAUAAAGAUUAUAUAAAAAUGAUUGUAAGGUUUUAAUUAUCAAGUUCUUAUUCACAGUAAAAGUAAUUCAAAUUUAUGAUAAAAUUUAUACUAUUUUAAUAAAUAUUUUUGCAUAUGAAAAAUAGAAUUUCAAAAAUUACUUUCUUCAGAACUGAGGAAGAAGGGUCAGCUCUCCAAGACAAAGGGGAAUCUACUCCAUCACAAACAUCAGGAGUAAAUACUCCUUCCACUGCCACUUCAGCUUUAGAAAAAUUGUCAAGUACACCAUCAUUUGACAGAGGGCGAACAAGGGAACGAUUUACUAACAAAAAGAAAUUUGGAAAGUUUGAAAAGUGAGUUAAAAGUAGCAUAUAUGUAAUCAUGAUUUUAUAGCCCUGUCCAAAUUGACAUUGCUUCCUGUGACACCAUAAAUAACUCUUUCUACCUCUUGGGUAGUGGUUGUCCUCAGCUAUGGAUAAAUAACUAAUGGAAAUUGGCUAAGAAGUCAAGUAAUAGUUAUCUAUAGUACUCAUUCUCCCAAGACUCCAUAUCUUUCUCACAACAUCGCCUGUGCCAAUUUAAUGAAGAUUUCUUAGAUAGGGCUAAUGAAUGACUUCUUUUGCUCCAGAUCUUAUCUUGAAACUACUCGUCUCGCCACUCAUUGACAUAUAAGGAUGCUUUCAAAGCUCAUCCUAGCAAAAAUGAAGAUCAAACCCAGGUCAUUCUGACCUACCACCAUCACAAUGUGAUUGCCAAAAAAAUAUUCCUAAAGAAUCUACCAUACUUGUUGCUGACAUGACACCCCCCCCCCCCCAACAGGGUAUUCUCGUCUCCUCCACUUAUUGUCUUCAGAUGUGACAAAAAAUCUAGGUGACCUUCUGGUUCACAGUCGCCUUUGUGCUGACUGGUCUCAUAUUAGGACUAAGCCAUGCUCAAGAGGCUGUUUUCAGAUUUGCCCCUAUACACUUGAAACCAAAAACAUAUAGCCCUCCCUAUGGGUACUUUUACCAUCAAAAAGGGCUUCAUAUGUGUCAUUUGCAAUGUGAUCUAUGCGAUUGUUUGCAGUAGAUACAGCUCUUGAUAUAUAGGCGAAAUGGGAAGAAGAUUAUCUGAUAGGUUCACUGAACAUCUUUAUAAUAUCAAACAUUGCAAAAGUUCCCCGGUCUCAUCCUAUUUCAACAGAGAUAAACACAAAGGCACAUAAGAUGUUUCCAUCAUGGCACUGAUUUCCGGCACUAACACACCAGUGAGACUUAGGAAAGAAAACAAAUAAAUUGAGAUUUUCGGCACAAUAUUACCAUAUGGAAUCAAUCAAAUACUCUCCUACCAUGUGAUCCUCAAUCUCCCUGUAUUUCUUUACUAAUUUUUUAAUAUUUAACAAUUCCAAAAUAUUUUGUUAGUUAAAAUCUUACUUUUUACAGUAAUGAUACAUAAAUUCUUUUACUUCCUGCAAUCUUUUGGAUAGAACUCAUAUUUGUGUUUUGGAAAACCUAACUUCUGGCAAUAACAUUAUUGUCUAACUCCAAACACUUAAUUUUUGAACUGUUUUCUAUUUUCUGUUGUUUCUUCUUUUGUCCUGCCAUCUGAAGGCUUUUAGCUGAAACACACUGUAUUGUUACUGUCUUUAUAUUUCAAGCUUCUCCUAUUUCCUUCACGCAGCUUGAAUACCGUCCUUCAUUUAUUAUCGUUAAGUGAAGUAAGGCAGCUAGAGGUUAACAUUGAGUAAAUAACCUCCUCCACCAAGUCAGAACACAGCUAGUCACCAUGACAUGGGAUUAAAAAUUACAAUAUCUAUGCAGAAAAAGCAGUAAUCUUACAAGUUCAGCUGCUUCUGCUGCUAGAAUCAAUGCUGGGCAUAAUAAAAAUAACCUCCGCCAACACGUCAGAAGACAGCAAGUACCAUGACGUGGAAUUAAAAAUAAGAUAUCUAUGCAAAAAAAAGCAGUAAUCUUACCAGUUCUGCUGCUAGAAUCAAUGUGGGCCGUAACAGAAAUAAAAAUAGUCUAAUCAAUAUUUACUAUUUUUGCAAGCUUAAAUUCACUACACAGAUAAAUAUCAGAUCUAAACAUUGUAGCUAGUAAAAUAGUUGUGUGGAAUGUUGGUACAUUUAGAGUGUAGUUCAUGCUAAUUGAGAUAUCAGUAAUUUUUUUAAAGAAAGAUUAAUAAUAUUAAAUUUCAAGACAUCAACACAUAGAGUAUUUUAAUAAAAAUAACACUUGGAAUUAUUUGUUUUAACCCAUAGCAGAAAUGGAUCCUUUGGACGUCAUGGUACCACAACUUCCAGCAGGAGUUUGGAGGCUGCUCGUUCACAGUCAGAGGCUGCCGCUGCAGCCGCAGCUGCUGCUUCAUCUGCCACCCCGGCCGCCACCACAACCACCUCCGCCGGUACUGGAUCAAACAGCAACAGUGGUAGCACUACGGGCUUAAACCCUAUCAUAGUUAGUGAUACUAGAGACUGUGGAAAUAAAGAUGCUAAAGAAAAUAAUAAGGAUUCCACGUUGUCAAGGCCACACUCUGUGGCUUCUCCAAGCAGCAGGCACAGUGGAUUAAAAAAAUCACAGUCUCAGUCAAGGUCAGCCAGUCGAAGCAGGUCACGGUCACAUGGGUCUAAGUCUAGUAGCAGUAGAAGCGAUUCAUCGGGUACAAGUAGAUCUACUUCACCACAUAGAAGGUAUUUAUGAAAGUAAAAUAAAUAUAUUUACCGUGAGUGCCCUUGCUUAAAUAAUUUAAAAAAAAAUAUAAAAAAAAACGGUGGCACCUUAACAAUAAUCUAUUUUGGGUGCAAGCAUUUAUUGUGAUCAGUUUGUAAAUUGAAAAUCAAAGCAGAUAUUGAAAUGAAUAUAAAGUUGUAGAGAGAGUUAUAACUUAAUGAAACCAACAUUUUAAAAAUCUUAAUGCUCAUUUAAUUUGCUUUGUUAGAUCCCCUGAAAAUCAAGGCCUAUUACUUUAAAAUGAAGAAAUCAGAUUUCUUUAAAAAAGAUAGAUGAGUAAUAAAGACAUACCCUCCUGGGCAUUAAAAUGCAAAUGUUCAACUAGCUAAAGCCAUCUACCUAAUCGGAGAGCUUUGGGAUGUGGGAGAAGCUAGAUAAUAAUGAACUGAGUACAUGCAAACCAAACCCCGUGUCAUUGUUUGUUACCUUUUUAAAAAAAAAAAUUUUUUUUUCAUGAAGUAUUACAACUAUUUAAUUAAGUCUUGUAACAUAAUUUUUAGAAAUAUCUUGGUUUCAAUAAAUUUAACUUUAAGUAGGUAUUUGCAGAUCCAACAAAUUCACUUUGCCACCAUAUUCAAGCUCUUUUAAUUUUGGACAAAAUCAAUAAACUAAUUUAUUGCUUAUUUUACUUUGACAAAUUAGGUUCUGCCUUAACUUAAACAAUACAUACAUACUCAUAUAGCUUCCCAAUUGUGUCACUUUGCAUGUGGUAUAAUUAUAUUUUGAAAAACUUCCUCAUUAACAUUUUCCUAUGUCAAAAGUCACAAGUUUAUUUUGUAAACUCUACAGUUCUCUUUUCAAUUCACUAAAUAAACUUAGAAUUCCAUUAUUUUCGAAUUUAUUUAAUGCACUGUUACUCGAUUAGGGGUACAAGAUUUGUUAAAAUAAUUUGUAGAGGUUGCAAGACUUGUCAAGUAAUAGGCAUUUAACUUUUAGUUACUCUUUUUCGUAAAAUAAAAAGAAGAGGUUGCAAUGAUUAAAAAUAUGCCUUUUACUAUUUUUUUUUUUUUUACUGGAACUGAAAGAAACAUAAUUAUUAAAGAUGUAUGCCUUUAGUAGUAAAAUGGGGAGGCAUAAGUUAGGAAAGAAAAUUUUGCGUAUAAUUAUUAAUAUGUAGUAAAUGUUCUAGAUUGUAGAGGUUGCAAGACUUGUCAAGUAAUAGGCAUUUAACUUUUAGUUACUCUUUUUCGUAAAAUAAAAAGAAGAGGUUGCAAUGAUUAAAAAUAUGCCUUUUACUAUUUUUUUUUUUUACUGGAACUGAAAGAAACAUAAUUAUUAAAGAUGUAUGCCUUUAGUAGUAAAAUGUGGAGGCAUAAGUUAGGAAAGAAAAUUUUGCGUAUAAUUAUUAAUAUGUAGUAAAUGUUCUAGAACUCUAAAAGUAAUUCAUUUUCACUUUCUCAUUAUUUAAAUUUUAUGCCGUUAAUCUCUUUUUGAAAUGUUCAAUUUAGAUAGAUAAUAGGAUUAUAUUUUUGUUUGUUAGCAUAUUGAUAAAUCUAACAUUUUUUAAAUUUCUGAAGUUAUUCCAGCUCAACAGCACGGCCACAAUCUAUGGUUGGGGCAUCAAGAUUGGUUAGUAGUGAAAUUAAAGAUACAAAAAGGGAAGAAGAUGGAGAGAGAAAACCUUUGGGAAUCUGCAUUACUGGACUACCUAUGAGGUCUACAGGUAGCAAAGUUUUUUAUAUUCAGCUAAAAAGUUACUCAAAAAACCUAUGUUUAUUUCAGUUGCUAUCAGUGGGAUGUAUAAGAAACUGAAACUUAAUUGAAACUUGUUUAGCUAAAAAUAUUAUAGUAUUAAUGUAAUUUAAACCAAUUUAACAUAAUUUAAACCAAUUCAUUUGAUUACUAAUUAUACUUUACUAACAAUUAAUCCCCAUGCCAUUAAAUUAUUAUUGCUUUCACAUGAUCCUCAUUUUAGCUUAAAGUUAAGUAAAUCUUAAUAACACUGUUCUUACUAGUUCAGAAACAAUUUUAAAAAUUUGGUCAGAAUACACAUACACAGAGGAAAAACACAGAAACACAUCACACCACCACCUCUGCAAAAACAGCCUGAAGACCUGUUGACAUGACAUCGUUAACGAGGCUAUUUAAUGACUGGGUUCAAUUUAGAUGUUAAACUAUUAGCCAUCAUGUAUAAGUGCCACAUUUUCAUUUGCUUAAAUGGGGUCAUAUGGGCAUACAUGGAAAUUUAACGUAAUCAUAUUUUUUAAGGCAUAGACAAUUAGUAAUCAUGUUUGUUUGUAAUGAUAUAGUCACCAUCAGUUGGAAAUAUCUUUUCUUAAUUUUGAAAGAGAUAUGUGAAGUUUUUUUUAACUACAUUUACCAUAUGAUGUAGAGGUAAUUAAAGAUAAGUCAAAAUUUAAAGAUUGAAAUAAGUUCGAAAUUUGCUGUACAUUUAAAAAAAAAUACUCAUUUCAGUGACAUCAAGUGGUUACAAUUCAUAUACUUUCUUCUGCAUCCUAACAGACUCUAGCUUGAGAGAUGGGCUUUAUCAUGAGUAUAAGAAACAUGGGAAAGUGACUACUGUUCAAAUUUGUGCAGAUGGGGACAGCAGAUGUGCAAUUGUCAGCUUCAAGAAGUGAGUACAUUUUUUUUUAAAUAAAGAAAACCAAAACGUUAGCAUAACUGGUUCAGCUCUAUUACAUUACUUACUAUAUAUAGUCCUCAUGUAUAUCAAAAAUAAAAUAUAGUGUAUAUUCUCUAGCACUUAGUUGUUUAUAAAAAAAAUGUACAAUCAUAAAGGUAUGAAUUCACUCAUUUUCUUUUUUCUGAUGUUGAUAAAGUACCAGUAAAUAAAAUGGAAUAGUUAGUAUUCAAAUUACCUUUCAUGGUUUUAGUAACUUUAAGAAAACAAUUUGAUAAAUAUGCUUAUUUUUAAAAAAUUUAGGAUCAUUAAAAGAUUUUUUUAAAACUUGACUUGAUAAACAUAUUGACAAGAAGUUAGAAUUUAAGAGUAAUUUUACAGUUUUUUACAGUCCUUCCCAGUUUCCAUAAAAAAUCGAGCACGCCAAUUUAAUUUUUGGAAUUUAAUAUGCCACUUUGUUGCUGCACUGCUUCUUUCUUCCAUUUUAUUUUCUUUUAAAUUUCUUUAUUAUAAUAAUAUAUAAUAAUAUAUAAUAAUAAUAAAUAAUAAUAAAUCCUACUGUAAUGAUGUCGGCCUUGUGGGAAUUUUAUUUUGAUCGCCUCUUGAACACAUUACAGCUUUAUUUUCAUACAUACAGCGAUAGAAACACACCAAGAGAAUGUUAUUUGUGAUAUUUGAAAAUAUGCUUUUUUUUUUAUUUUCAAAGGCCUGAAGAUGCCAGCAAAGCACUGGAAGCUUCUCAAGGAAAAGUUUUCUUUGGCUCAAAAAUUAAAGUAACAUCACAUGAGGGAAUAGGUAAGCUUAAAAUUUGCAUGUUACUUCUCCAUAUUAGAAAUAAUUAAAACAUUUUUUACAACUUAAGAUAAAUGGUCUCAUCAUGUUUUUUUAAAAGUUAUCUAAAAAGUAAUCAAAAGAAGAAAUAUUUUAAACUUAUUUUCUUGCAGAGGUAGAUGAUUCUGAUGUAACCAAUGAUAAUGAUAGUUUGGAUGAAUACCAUCUUAAAUCUACACGUACACUCUUUGUUGGCAAUCUGGAGAAGGAAACCACCAAAGAAGAUCUCAUUGAAAAGUUUCAACAGUUUGGAGAAAUUAUUGUAAGGGUUAAUUCAUUAAACUUUUAACUAUUUAAAGUAACAUAGCUAGUCUCAAUUUUGGACUUUAUUCUGACUUUAUUGGAUAUUUUUUUCAGUAAAUUUGUUUUACAUAUUGUGAAAAGUUGAAAAUUACAAAAUUAAAAUUAAAAAAAAAUAAAUUCACAAAUACAUUGAUUUUUUUCUGCUGUUUUAUUUCACACAACUCUUGGAUUUUUACACCAGCUGAUAAAAGUUUUCAAUUGACUAUAACAUCAGUUCUUUGUUUAAAUAUUAGCAUCGGUGAUAUAAUUGGCUGUAUAUGCACUUUUGCUAAGUCCCUUCCAUUAAUUGCAAACUUAUUUCUAUUAGGAUGUGGAUAUCAAGAGGCAAGGGGCAACAACUGCAUUUGCUUUUGUUCAGUAUGUUGAUAUAACUAGUGUUGUAGCAGCAUUGAGAGCUAUGGAAGGAGAGCACAUUGGUAUCAAUAAAAUAAAGGUACUUAAGGCAAUAUGUUGUCCUAUUAAAGGUACAAGUAAAGAAAUCCAUUUUCAUAUUUCAAAUCUAAAAAAAUUGUAAGAAAUAUCAAAAUAUUUAGUCUAAUUUAUUAAAGUAACUACCAGUUGUUUUUCUUUGAAAACCUGUAAAUAUGUUUUUAAAUAUAAGAGCUUAAAACAAAAUAUCUCUUGAAUAAAAUAGCUGCUUAUAAGCUUUUUACUACUCUGUAACUGUGUGUCCUUCAUAGAAAGCAUUGCAUCUGACAUUUUUUAACACUUGUAAUCUUGAGCAGUAUAUGUGAAUGAGUAUUGGCACAUAUGGAUCUCUGUAUUUAUAGAUGUUAAAAUGUUUAAUUUUUUUGUGUUGCAAUUUAAAUUAAAAAAACAUUUCAAAACAAAUGUAAGCAAGUCAUAUCAGAAGAUUUUUAAUGAUAAAAGUAAUUAUAAAAAUUCAUUUUUUCAAAAUAUCUCAUCCUGAUAUUGUAAUAAUGAAUAAUUUAAUAAAAGUGUAUAUAAUUUAGUAUCCCGGAAUGCCAUUGUGGUUAAGGUGCAUUGACAAUGCAAUUACCACAAUUUUCAAAAUUCAAUUUUUAGGAAUCAAAAAGUAUUUACUCAAAUCGUGGCCUUUCUCUGAAACAGCUUGGCUUUGGAAAGAGCAUGCCCACGUGCUGUGUGUGGGUUGAUAACCUGCCCAGUGACACUAAUGGUCGGUCAUUGAAGAACUUGAUGUCAAGGUAUGGAGAAAUCACUCAUUGCCUUGUGGACAAAAACCGCAACAGGGGACUGAUUUACUUUAACUCUUAUGAUCAUGCUCAACAUUGUGUCAGUGAUAUCAAGAUGCGGCCACAUUUUAGCAAGAAGAAACUCCAGGUAAGAAAUAGAUUCAUAAUCCAUUUUGAUGGAUAUUGGUAUUGGUAAUAAAAAGUACAUUAAUGUAUUUAAUACUAACUGAUUUAUGCAAUUAAAAUCUCAUGUAAUAAUCAAUAAUUAUUGAUGCGAUUAAGGUUUAUAUUGUGAAGAAUUUAUUCUAAAACUUUUUGUGCAUGAGGAAUUUAACAUUUUCAUAUUUACAUCUAGAUUGACUUUGCUAGUCGAGAAUGUCAAACAAACUUUUUGGACAGAAUGGAGGAAUCAGGUCAACUUCGGGCUAACGAGAGACCUGAUGAAAGCAGAGUCCACUCAAAGUUUAGACAGCAAAGGAGCUUUGAUGGCUUUCCAGAAGAGGGGUAAUUAUCAUUACCAACAUUCACAUUAUUAGCAAAUUUAUGAAAACAUUUAAAAAUGUACUUACAUUAUUAAGCUGGCAUUAAGGUUUUAAAUGUUUUAUGUAAACUAACGGUAAUUGUAAAAAUGUAGAAUCCAUUGUAAUAGUUUGAUGAAAUAAGCUUACAUGAUCUUUAAGGGUUCAAAAUCCAAAGAAAUCAUGCUAUUAUACCUGUUCCAUGUCAAGUUACAUAUUUUGUGACUAAUAUUUAUAAGUAGAUUGAAAAAUUCAAUAUUUCAUUUAAUUAACUAGUUCAUUAUUUUUAUGGUAAAAUAUUCUUAUCACUUUUUUGAAUGCUCUAAAUUAAAAAAAAAAUCAAUUAUAUUUGAUAUCUUGAUAUAGACUUUCUCUGAAUUUGUUUUACAUUUUUUACUGAUAGAAAUCAAUAAAUAACGAAUAGAAAAUGUUCAUUGAUUUCAGAAGCCCCUCGAGUUACGGUUAUAAUCCACGAACUCCUGGGAGUUUUUCUUCAAGAAAUGGACGUAGCAGUAGACGAGGCAGGCAAUAUGUUGACCCAGCUUUUCCUGAAGAACCUCCAUCUUCAAGGCGCUCUCGGUAGUUAACUUUAAAUAACCAUUUUAAAGAUAUUUUACGAAGAAGAAAUAAAAAUCUUGUUUCUGAGGGGAAAAAUAUCAUCAGUGGCGCUACAGCCCAUGUAGGGCCUUGGCCUGCUCCACUACAUCCUUCCAUUCGGAUUCAUUCAUGGCUUUCCGCCUCCAUGUGCAUACCCCAACUGGUGUAAGUCCUUGAUAUCGUCGAUCCGUCUCAGUCUUGGUCGCCUAGUGAGCCGUGCCCCUGUAUCACUUUUGCUGCACUACUAUUCGGCGUCUUUUCAAUAUGUCCUGUCUAGCGCAGUCUGCCUUUUUUAAUUGUUGGGACUAUGGGUGGGUCUUUGUACAAUUGAUAUAGUUCUUGGUUUGUAUGGACUCUCCAAACAUCAUUGUCUAUCACUGGGCCAUAUAUUUUCCUGAGGAUCUUCCUCUCCCAUGUAUUGAGCAGGGAAAAAAACGACUCAGAAUCUUGCUCUUCUUCUAUAUUUUGAGGGCCAUGAUCAAUGAAUUGAUUAUUCUGGCUCCUAUGUUUCAGAGGGGUUCGCAAUGUAAUUGUCCAUGGUUUUGAAGGGGAUACUUCACUGGUUGCAAGGGCUAACCAGCAAUGGCAUUAUGAACUGGGGGUUGGAAGGCAUGGGGCUAUAGAUGCUCUACAACUUAAAAAACAUUAAUCCCAUUAAACAAUUGAGUAAAGAAAUUAAAGUUAUUAUAUUGUGUAUAUUAGGAAAAUUUACCCUUCUUUGGAUAAAGCUACAAUUGUAUAUUAGGUUGCGAGAUGUGUUAUAUGGAUGAAAUAUGUUUAUUUCAAUUCUUUUAUGUUAUCAAUAUGCAUUUUUUAUUUCCAGGAGACCUGAGGACUUUACACCAUCUAGUACAUACUACAGCAGCAAAGGCAACGGUGAUGAUUAUGAUGCUGUGCUGCGAGAGUAUGGUCACAGCCAACGAGAGCGCAGAGAAAGAGACAGUCCGAGGCAUUCUUCUGCAGAUCGGCGAGUAGAUAGUCAGUCACGACGUGGAUCGAGAGAUCAUUCCCUUGACCGUUAUGAGGAUCGACAAAAGGAAAGGACUGUUGAUAUUUUCUCAAACAGAGGUGUUAGUCCUAGCAGUGAACACAACUCAUAUCAUUCUGAAAAUCGUUACAGAUCAUCUCGGGAUGAAAAAUAUCUAUCCCGAGACCGUUUUGAAGAUCGCAAGUCUGAGGAUAAAGACUUUGAUCAUCACAGUCGGCCAAGCCGAACUGCUUCACCAUUCUUACAGAAUCAUGCAAGUUUGCACUCACACGACAGUGAGUUUAAUAGACGCGGUGGUUCUCGCUCCCAGUCACCCACAACUCCUCUACAAGAAGAAGCAGGGUCAAGAUUCUAUUCAGAUGACUACAAACAUUCAGUGGGGACUGAGGAUGAUUAUAAUCCUCAUUUGCCCCCUAAAAGAAGGGAUUCUGAAUCAAAAUCGUGGUUGAUGCCAUCAAAUAAGCUUGGGGCAGAAGUUGCUAAAACAGUAGAAAAAAGUAGAAAACGAACUCAUGAAGAAUCCGGACUUACAGACUCAUUUAAAGUGGAUUCCAAGGUGUCUCGUAAACUUGAGAAGCCUAGUUCACUUUCCGAGGAUAAAAUUAAGUAUAUUCAUAGACAACUCAGUGGAUCUAAGAGAAGGGAGUUAAAAAAUUUGGAUCAUGGGAGUAGUCCUGGCUCUUCAGAAAGUCAUGGGGACUCUGAGAAUGGAUCAGCCAGCGAAGGUGAUUUGCACCAUCUUCACCAGGAGAAGGAACACAUUUUGCUCAAACUUCAAGAAUUUGAUGAGGAGGUUACCAGUGAGCCAGAGUCUCCUCAAUCAACAGCCAAAGUGAAAUCUGUGGCUGUUAAAGAUGCUCUGCGUCAUUCUGGUAGGAGUCAUGAGGAUAAACGAUAUGAUGAGGCUUCUUAUAAGAGUGAACUUCACAGAAGGCAUGGGGAGAAAGUCAGGCGAUUAGAUUCAAAAAGAGAGCUAAGAAAUCAUAUUUCUGAUGAUGUGACUUCUCGGGAGGAUAGAGCUGAAAAAGAUGAAACAUACGAAGGCAAUAGUGAUUCAGGUUUUGAAUUUGAUUUAAGGACUAAGAAGAGAAGGCCUGAAUUGCACAGAGAUAGUGACUCAAUGAAAGUGAAAAAUUAUUUGCAGGAAAGUGGUGAAAUCAGUGAAGAAGAGGAUAUGGAUAGAAAGUCAGAAAAAAAUGUGCGCAUACAUAACUCUUCACUGGAUAGAAGAGGCACCUGUGAUAGCCGAACUAAUUCUAUGAGUUCCAAAUUUUAUGAUGACAGCAAAGUGACACAUGUAUCAUCCCCUUGUGAUAGCAGUGAUCCUUUCAAAGGUGGAAUAAGUGAUAAUGAUCUUUCUGUGAUAACGCCCUACCGAACUUCAUCCAUAUCAAAUUCCCACUUUCCUAAAAAAGAUUGGAGUUCCUCUGUUCCUGGUCAUGAGUCAAGUCCUUUAGGGAAUUUUAGCCCUGCUUACAGUGAGGAGAACACACAAGAUUCUGUAACAUCAGGAAGUUUAACUGAUAAGCAUUCACUACCGCCAUCACCAACGGGUAAAGACUUUUCUGAUAAUGAUUUCAGUUAUUUAAAACUAAUGAACAGCUCUGUUCCUGAAAAUUACUCUUCUGAUGAUAGUAUGUCAGAUGUCCAUCAGAAUCCUGGAGAACAGUCUGUGGAGGAGCGAAUUCGUGCUAUUGAUGAGAUCCUUAACAUGACUACUAGCAAUAAGUCCUUGGACUCUCUGCAUUUGGUUUUACCUCCCAGUAAUAUUACCAACAACAAUGAUAAUUCUGGGGAGUAUCUUAAAUUCAGAAUCCGUAAGCGAGAGGGUGGCAUUGAAGGAGGCAAUGGUAGUCUUCUGGCUGACAAAAAGCCAGAACCAUCUGUGAUCAUGCAGCAAGUGUUGUCCAAGAAAAGUAUUCUUGAUCAGGAUUUUAGACGCUUGAGGAACAAUGAUAAAUUUGAACCAAUGAUUGGCAAAGACCAUAACUUGCAAUCUCUAGCUCUGAAAACAGAACUAAUCUCCCCAAAAUUGCUGGACAUUAAAGGGGAGCUUAAACAAGUCUCAUCUUAUUUAUCGUUUUCAUCGUCAUAUCCAGUGACAACAUCAUCAUCCAUGCUGCAGCCCACCAUCACAACAUCAAUCGCCAGCUCUGUAUCUCACACUGCUCCCAUCAGCACAAGUGUACUCACUUCAUCAAUUGUGAGUUCACCCAUCACCAUAAGCUCAAAUAAUGUAUCCACCAAGACUAUAGCAGUGGAUAAUACACUUGUAUCCUCAGUGUUGGAAUCUUCAAAUAACCCUGUUGUGUUUUUGUCAGAUAAACUGUUAGUUAGCACAAAUUCAUUGACGUUAAAACAGGAUGUAACAUAUUCAUCAAAAUGCUUGUUGACGUUGCCUAAUAGUUCAUUAACAUCAAAACCUGUUUGUGGUGUAGUGCAGUGUACAUCAACAGACUCUAUUGCAGAUUCUAAUUUAUUAACUUCCCAAUCCUUAUUGCAAUCCUCAUUAUCUCAUCAGCCAAUGUCAUCCACUCUCUCAACACCUUCAUUAUUAACAUCAACCUUAUCUUCCAUUUCACAUAAACAGCAAACUGUCUCAUCAUUACCUGCUACAUCAUGUUCAUCAUUGUCAACUGUCACAAAAUCUCCCAGUGGAGCCACUGUGGCAGCUCCUUUCACUCAGGGACCAGAUAAAUCACAGCUUACACCCACAGUUGGGCAAGAGGCGCCACGCUUAUGCUCACCAUCAUUCACUCCAGAAAAUUCUAGGACUUCUGUCAGCUCCCACCUGCCAGGGAGUCGGAGUCCUAGAAUUACCACGCACAAACAAGAUGACCAACAUGUUCCAAGCAACAAACCUGAGCUCACUAUUAGUGUUUCAGGUCAAAGUCACAUCUCAAAAUCUAACGAUGACUUGAAAGGACAUCCUAGCCUCUCUAAGGCAGAUGUUAUUUCACCUGACAUAGAGUCACCUGUUUCUGUGAAAUCGGAAACAUCCAGUAACUCUUCGGUUCCCUUGUCUUCCCAUGAAAAUAAAGCUCACUUGGCCUUGGAAGAGAAAGGCUUAACAUCUUGCAUCUCCCAUAGUAUCCAAGCUUCCAAACCUGAAAAUAAUAACAGUGUUUCUCUCAAAAUUCCUGUCUUAUCUAACGUUGAAGAGGCAUUGAUAAAAUCUGGCAAGGGCAACUUGGAUGUUCCCUCAAUCAGAGACAGUAGUUGUGAUGUAGGUCUUGAGUCAAUCACAAUUUUGAACAAGACUGAUGAAUUGUCUUCCAAAAGACUUCAACUUUCACCUGCAAGCAGUACCCAGGUUGUUCUCAGUGUAGGCAGCAAAGACAAUUCUGAAAAGAGAGAAUUGCCAAGUCCAACAGGUGGGACAAGCAGCUGUGGUAAGGUAAAGCCCAUCUCCUCUUCUCUCUCUCUUAACAGUGAAGUAGAAAUUCCUAUUGUUCCUGUCAGCUCUAAAUCUACAGUUUCAAAUGUGGCCAGCACAUCUGCAUCUGCAAUCAUAACUUCAAGACCAUCAACGGACAGAAGUGAUAAAAAAUCAGGGAAAUCAAAUUCUCACAGCCACAUGAAAAGUCCAGCCAAGUCAGAGGCACUUUUUGCUCCAGAUGUCAAAGUUGAGCUCAAAUUAAAUGAGAAAACAGAAGGGAAACACCAAAGCAAGGACGCACACAAGUCAUCGUCUAACAGUAGCAAUAAAAUUGGUGCUAGCUCUAGUGGAGAAAAGAAGCUCCCAAAGCUGCCUUCCAAAGAAAUUCAAGACACCAAGGCAUCAGUCAGUAACAAAGACCAAGACAAGUCUGAAAAGAAGUUAGAUAAUACGCACAAGACUAGCGGGCAUGAUUCAGCCUCCAAAGCUAAAGAGUUUGAAAAAAGCAAAGUAAAAGACAAAAGAGAACACACAAAAGAUGGAGAAAAGAAUAAACAAAAAGAAAAUGAAGAUGUCAAGAAAAAAGAUGAAAAGAAGUCAUCAGCUGAGAAGAAAGAUGCCCAGAAAGGUUCCAGUGCCAGUACCAAGGAAGACAAAAAAAUUGAGAAGAAAGUGGAAGACAAAAAAGAGAAAACGGAGAAAUCUAAAAUAAAAGAAGGGAGUAAACUGAAUAUUUUUAAGAAAAUAAAAUCAGAUAUUGACCUCAGCAAAAAAGAUAAGAAACAAAAGCCUAAAGAUGUUCACAAUAAAGACAAGCAAGUAGACAAGAAACUCCCUAUGCUCUCUUGCAUCACUAAAAAUUCUACACCAGAGGUAAAAGCAAAGGAGCCUUCAAAGUCAGAAACAAAAGAUCCAAAACAGGGGAGAAAUGAAAGUAAGGAUCUUUCUGCAAAAGAUGGCUCUUCAAAGGCUGAAUCUUCUACUAAAAUUGAUCAAAAGACACUAUCAAAACCAGAAUCAAAAAAUAAAGUAGAUUCAAAGUCCAACACCAAAGCUUCAAAUGAUCUGAAGUCUGAAAACAAGGAUAGCAGCUCAUCAUUGAACAAAAAGCUAACAGUAGAUUCUUCUAAACAGAAGAAAAAUACUGAAGGCAGCAAACAGUCUUUAAGUAAGCAAGAUAAACCCCAGUCACAAAAGGUGAAACCAAAAGAAGAUAAGUUAAAAGAGAAGCAAAAGUUGAAAGAAGAAAAAGAAAAACAGAGGCUGGAAAAGGAGAAAUUAAGAGAAGAGAAAGAAAAAGAAAGAGAGAAAGAAAAAGAGAAAGAAAAAGAGAAAGAAAAAGAGAAAGAAAAAGAGAAAGAAAAAGAGAAAGAAAAAGAGAAAGAAAAAGAAAGAGAAAAAGAAAAAGAGAAAGAACGACAAGAAAGGGAACAAAGGGAAAGAGAUGAAAAAGAAAGGCAAAAAGAAAAAGAGGAAAGAGAAAGAAAAGAGCUUGAGGAGAAGGAGAGGAAAGAGAAAGAAGAAAAGGAAAGGAAAGAAAAGGAGGAGAGGGACAGAAAGGAGAAAGAAGAAAGAGAAAAGAAAGAGAGAGAAGAAAAAGAGCGAUUAAAACGAGAAAAAGAAGAACGAGAACGUCAGAAAGAAAAAGAGCGUGAAGAAAGGGAGAAAAGAGAAGAAAGAGAAAGAAAAGAAAGAGAGGAUAAGGAGAGGCUCAGAAAAGAACGAGAUGAUAAGUUAAAACAGAAAGAAGAGAAAGAUGCUUUAAAAGAAAAAGAAAGAUUAGAAAAGGAACGACAAGAACGGGAAAGAAGGGAGAAAGAAGAAAAGGAUAGGCAGAAGGAAAAGGAAGAAAAGGAAAAGCUGAAAGAGAAGGAAGAGAAGGAAAAGCUAAAAGAGAAGGAAGAAAAAGAAAAGCAAAAAGAUGACAGUGCAGAUAAAGAGAAAAUGAAAGAGAAAAAAGAUAAAGAAAGAAAGGAGAAGGAGAAAAAAGAAAAGCGGGAUAAAGAAAAGAAAGCCAAAGAGGAUAAAUUAAGGAAAGAAAAAGAAGAGCGAGCUAAGAAAGAAAAAGAAGAGCGAGCUAAAAAAGAGGAGAAAGAGAAGGCAAAGAAGGAAAAACUUAGUAAGAAAGACAAGAAGCAGAAAAGUGAUAAGGAGAAAGAUGAUGAUGAGGACAAGGAGAGGAAAAAACCACCUCCAAAAAAGCCCAAAAGAAAUGAGUUAGCAGUUCUUCUUGAUAGCAAUGACAGGUUCCAGAUGACAUUUACCUCCAUGUAUGAUCGUGUCAAAACACAGCGCAAUAGGGAGCCUGAACAGCAGCAAAAGGCAGAGCCCGCUCCUAAAUCCUCAUUUGAUAAGUUCAAACAAAAUCGUAAGAAAAAAGGUAGCAAAGCUAGGUCCUCUCUAUAUUCCUGUGGCGGCAGCACAUCAGAAUUGAGUGAUGACAGUGAUUUGUCUGGGUCUGAAACUAGUGUAAAAGCUGAACCUGUCAAAGAAUCCAAGCCCAAAAAAACGAGUCAUAUUAAGAAAAGACCUCAUGUCUCAUCCUCAUCUUCGUCGUCCUGUGAAGAAGAUGAUGAUGCACUUUUGAGAGCAUCAAAAUCAAAGGGUAAAAAGACUGAUAAAUUCAGUGACAUAUUUUCAACUGACUCUGAAGAGGAUAACUUCCAGACUCCAUCGAACAAGUCUAAAGUCUCUAGCAAAAUUAACUCUAAACCACCUCCAAAACGAAGGAAAACAAGAGAUGGCUCCUCUGACUCAAAAGAAGAAGGGUUUGCCAAGCCUCAUGCCAUGUCUAGUGUUACAGAACCUGACAGUUUGGAUGACAUUGAUAUGUCAGAGGAUGAUAUUCCAAAGCGGUCUGUUAAAAAACCAAACAAAACAGCAAAAAGGCUUGAUAAAUCUAGUGAUCAGGAUAAAAGAGAAUCAUCUGUGGAGUCUGUUAGUAAGAAAAUCACAAAGAUGGAAAGAGAGUCUUCUGUGGAGUCUGUUUCAAAAAAAUCAACCAAGUCGGAUAAAGAAGGAACACCAACAAAAAAGUUCAAAGCAGACCUGAAAAAAUCUGUGAAAAGUGAACGGGACAAUGAAAACAAAGGUUUUAUUGACGGCAAAGCCUCUAACAAGGAGGACAUUAAAACUUCUGUGACAGACAAGAAGAAAGGAAAAAGUCUUGUGGAACCAUCAAAAGAAAAAAAGGAAAGUAAGAAAGAAUCAGAUACCUGUGCAAGUAGUAAAAAAGAACUUGUCACCAAAAGGGAUUUUGACAAUAAAAAAGAAGCUGAGGGUAAAAAGGAAUUUUUAUGUAAAAAAGAAGAGAACAAAAAGGAGUUUGAUGGAAGGAAAGAAGCAGAAAGUAAAAAAGAUUCUGAUAAAAAAGAUAUUGAAGAAAAAAAGGAAGCAGAGCCUAAAAGGGAUUUAGAGCUUAAAAAGGACAGUGAGAGUAAAAGAGAUUUAGAUCAAGAUAAAGCCGGCUCUACCAAAGAGAAAGAAAAAUCACAGGAGAAUGUCAAUCUUAAACAUUCUGAUGAUAGGAAAAAGAAAAAAGAUAAGGAUGAAGGUCCUGUGAAAAAGAAGAAAAAGAAGAAGUACGACCCAAAAGAGGAGGAAGAGCUUGUGAAUUCAUUGAUAACUAAGGUCUACGACAAAGCUCUUGAUAAGGAAAAAAAACAAAAGAAAAAGUCUAAACCCAACAUAUUUGAUAGUGACAGUGACAUGGGAUUGUCAGAGACAUCUUUUGAAAUUCACGAAGAGAAAGUGCCAGUCCCCCCAGCCAAAGAGAAAACGGACCCUGAAAUGCAAAAGCCAAAAGAGAAGAAGAGGGAAAGUAGUAAAGACAAGGAAGUUAUGAAAGAUAAGGAUGCUAACAAAUCAGAGAAACACUCCAGCAAAGAAACUAAAUCAUUUGUUGAAGUGUCAAAAAAGCCAGAUAAGAAAAAAGCAAAAGAAUUGCAAAUUGAGAAAGAGACUGAGAAAACUAUCACUUCGUCUCAAAAGAAAGAAAAAAGAGAGAAAGAAAAGGAUCCUGAACCUACGGAUGUGAAACUUGUCACAGAAGUUGAACCUGAAAUUCUUGACGACUCUCAAGCCAAGCAACCAAAAAAGAAGAAGAAGAAGAAAGAUCACGAGAAGGAUGUAGAUAAAGAAAAAGCUCCCAAAUCUUACAAGAAAAGCAAUGAACAGAAAACAGAAUCGGAGAAAAAGAACUCUGAAAAUGAGAAAAAGGCAAGUUCAUCAUCUGAUGAGAACAGUGCACAUUCAUCUCAAGUUGUGGAUGAAUUUGUCAGCUUUUGGGGCCAUCCUAAGCCAAUUCUCAUUCCAAAGCGAUUAAAAGACACAACAAAAAAUGAUGAAGACAAAGCCAAGAGCAAAGAUGAAACUAAAUCAGAAGGUGUUACAGAUAAGCCUGACAGCACGUCUAAAACCAAAGAGGUAGCAGUGAAGGAAGAAAAGAACUCCACUGAAAAACCUGAACCUGUUUCUGGAUGUGAUAAGGUUGUGAAAGUGGAAUCUGAGGCUAAUGAGGACUUUGUGGUACCCAUUUCAGAAGCUGAGACAACAGUUACAACAGAGCUGACUCAGGCUGUGCCUGUAACCAACUCAUCCCAACCUGGUUCUCACAGUGCUCAGGAGGAGUCGGUGUCUGUAUCUGAAGAGGACAUCAUUGGCCUCCCUGAUGAAACCACAAUUGGUUCUUCAGUGGAAAUUCAUGACGACGACGAUUAUCCACUUUUAGUGAUAGAUGAAGUAUCUGAGACUGUUACUGAUGACAAAAAGAAGAUGACAAAAAAGGAGAAAAAGCUCCUAAAGCAGCAGCAAGAGAAGGAAAGAAAUGACAGAAUGGAUGAAGUGAUUGCCAGUGUGGCCAAUGCUGGAUCCAGUGAUGAUGAAGAUGUUGCAAAGUGUAGCCCUGUAAGUCUGCAGAUGGAUUCAGUUGGUAAUGACAGAGAACUUGUGCUGUCAGAUGUGAUCAACCAAGAACUUAAGUAUGACAACAAAAUGUCCAAUGAACCAGACAGUAAUAAUUCCAUAAUUUCCGAUAUAGUAUUUCCUGAUACAGAUAAUAACAAAAAACCACCUGAAUCAAGCCACACAAUCAGUGGUAAUCGUAAAGAUAAAAAGGAGGCUAAAGCGCUCAAUGGAUCGACAAUAAAGAAAGAAGGGGAAGAUCAAAAACACCCUAAAACCAACCUCUUGAAUGAAGAUCUAAUCAAACGAGAAGAUGAUUUGGUCAAGAAUUUAUCUGUUAUCACAGAUACUCAAGUAGAAAAAUCAGUGGCUCCCGAAGAAUGUAAACUGUCUGAGGAAGAUAUAAAGAAGCAGGAAGAAGAACAGAAA